GUGUCUGGGGAGGGAAGCCGGCAGAAUGGAGGGGCUGGCGCUUCCACAGAAACAGACGGGCAGCAGCAACAGCGCGGUGUAGACGCUGCCUCUGCCUCCUCCAGCUUGUCGUGCUCCGCGGCGCCACUUGAGCAGCGUGGCCGCCCUCCCGAGCAGAAGCCACCCACCGCCUCCGCUCAAGCAGCCCGCCUAGUCAUGGGCUCCCCGCAGCGGCAGGAGGAGCAAAAGCUACCAGCUCUAAGCGUGGCUGCCGAGGCUCUCCAGGCGCGCGAUUCAGAGCGCUCUUCUUCCUCGGCUUCCGUCGCCCUCUCUGCGUCCUCGCGGCAGCCAGAGACCACGAUGCGCCCGCCCGAGUGGCAGGGGAUGCUCCAGAGGGCAGAACGGUGGCUGGCGCAGAGCGGGCAGCUCCCCGAAGUCCUUCGGCUCUGUCAGCUGGCGUCGGGCAACAGUCGGCUGCUGCGCGCGGAGCAAAUGGGCGAGCUGGUGGAUUGCAUGGCGCGCAGCAUCCGAUUGAAAAGCAGCUCGGCGCCGGUACGUGAAUGGGAGGUCUUCGGCUGCCACAAAUGCCAAGGUUUCCUCUACGAGCCUGUCUCGUUGCUCUGCGGCCACACUUUUUGCAAAAAGUGCCUGGAGAAGGAAAAGGGCCAGGCGGCAGGAUGCAACAUCUGCCCACAGGGCAAGGGCGCUCUGCCCCGGCUCCGGAUAAACGUCGUCCUCAGCAACCUGUUGGCCAAAUGCUUUCCUGAAAGAGUGAAGGCGUCGCAGCUCCGGUGUGAAGGGAAUCUCUUAUAUAAGGAGAAGAAUCUUCAGGCUGCCCUUCAGAAGUACAACGAAGCAAUCCGAUUAGGUAAGUUACCUUGCGAUGCGCUCCGUAGGUGAGGUGGGCAGUGGAUUACUCAGCGCCACCUUUUCUUUUCUUUUCUCUCUCUUCCUCUCGCUUAACCAGGGACCUGUGGGGUUGUAUUUCUGCUAGCCUGUUCACGCGUGAGCGUAGAACGCGUUAUUCCCUUCCUUUCUUGCUGACUCGCAAAUGAGCGUGUGAGUUUCCUCGCUUUGAUGGGGGAAAGUGGUAUUCUUGGCGGGGUAGCGGGGUGGGGUUGAAACUUUUCUCCGUGUUUUUAUCUAUCUGGUGACUCGUGCACAUGUGCAAGCUACCACAGGAAGUUUCCGUUUCCUAGAAAUAAAUACGCACGUGUGAACCAGCUCCUUGUCACUCCUUUGACGUUUCCCGUUCUCCUUGCAACUUCUUAAACUUUUCUGAGGGACACAGAGGUGAGGUGGCCAGCUGCUGUUAUUUGUUAAACUGGCCCUGCUCUCCGGCCCUGUCUCGUAUCCUGACAGGCAGAAAUUCAACUGGUACAGCUCUUGGCAAUAUGUAGAGCUGCUGCUGGGGUGUGGGUGGAUGGGUGUAAAGGUAUAGCAGCAGAUCAGUGAAAAAGAAGAAGCCAGCAACCUUAUACAGAAGAUGUGCACCGAUUGUUAUGAAUCUGAGUUUAUUGUACUCCAAUCGCAGCUUGUUUUGACAGAUUUAGUAUUAGUGUUGGGUCACUAUUGUGAGUGCCUAAACAAGGGCUCUGUUUGCCGUGUAUGUUAUCCAGGGCAGAUCAGUGUAACUGCUUGUGCAUAGUGUGGUACCUGGUGAGAGUGCGCAUUCAUACAACCAAUGUACCCCACAUCUACACCUGCCAUGUAAGAAAGCUCUUCUUGCCUGUUGGCAGGAUGGAAUAGAAGGUAAAUACAAACAUGAUAAAUUACAGCUUAGUAACACUGAUUCAGACCUUCAAGGUAGUCUUAUCACCACUAUGCUUUUGGCGGCCUCUCAUCUUUGUAUAAAGCCAAAGUGUGUUAAAAGAACGACAGGUGUGUUUCCACUGGGAUGCUGACGGUAUCAAUUAAUGUGAUGGGUUUCAACCUGAAUAUCUUGGUCAGCUUAUACUGCCGGCCACGAAAUACAGUGGUACCUCGGGUUACAUACGCUUCAGGUUACAGACUCCGCUAACCCAGAAAUAGUGCUUCAGGUUAAGAACUUUGCUUCAGGAUGAGAACAGAAAUCGCGCGAUGGCAGCGUGGCGGCAGCAGGAGGCGCCAUUAGCUAAACUGGUGCUUCAGGUUAAGAACAGUUUCAGGUUAAGAACGGACCUCCGGAACGAAUUAAGUACUUAACCCGAGGUACCACUGUAGAAGGGGAUCUAAGUACCCACCCCCCUCCGAGGGGUGUAGCCUGCAAGGUCUUUAAAAGGUUCGGCGUGACUAAAAUGUGCAUAUGCUGAUUUAUAUGUACAGCUACAAAUAUCGAUCUGUAAGCUGCACGGUGCUUUGCAGCAUGCUGAGCUGCCCUAUAAACAAAGUUGUUGUUGUCGUUGUUGUUGUUGUCGUCGUCGUGUUGUUGUUUUUUAAAAGCUUUUUUAAAAGUAGAGGAAAUGACAGGAGAUCACGUAAGUCCCUGGACCACGCACACGAAUAGCAACACCCCCUAACUAGCAUCUAGCCCAGGAACGGAAAGAGCAAUGAACCCUGGCUGUGUCUUGUCCAUCAGGCAAACCCUCACCUUUGCAUGCUCACCAAAGUCUUGUCGAUUCCGUCCGAAGUGAAAGUAGGUCAGGAGAAUAGUAUGUUGCAUAAGCUUAGUAGCCCGGUCUUAAUUCCCUGCCCCCUUCCUAUGGAAUGGUUGUGUAACGAAGCACAGGUCGCGUUUUCCAAAGCAUCCCACUGGCGGGCUGAUCAUAUUUAGUUAAAUUGCCAAUGACUCAUUGCUGUGGUCUCUUGCUCACUGGAAUUAGAUUUUAUUUCUAGAUGUGAACAGUGGCUUUUUGUCUGCAAAGGAUCCCCCCCCGCGCGCCGUCGCCGCCGCCCCACGCAUUUCUCUUUAAAGCAGCAUGCAAGCUAGGAUUAAUAGACACUGUUGAAUUGAGUGAAAUGCCUUUUUAAGAAAGUAUUGAUUGUGCCAAAUCGAAGGGGUCAGUGUCACUGAUUUCAGAAAUUGUGGAAGCUUUUCCAUAAAGAAUCUUGAUUUACCUUUUCUGUAGCAAGAGGCUUGACACAUGAAUCCUGCUGGCUUUUUUUAAAAUCUUUUUUCUUUUGGCAAACUAUUGCAUAACUUCCAGAGUGGUAGCUGUGUUAAGUAUUUUGCAGCCAAAAAAAAGAGAAAGAGAGAGAUCAGAUGUUCUUUGUGGCACCUUUUAAAGAUGAAAGGAAAACUCUUGGGAUGCCAUGAAGUUUUUGUUGUGUUUAGAAAAAAAAAUGUUGAGCCAUAGAGCAUCAUCCGUAGUGAAAAUCAUAAUAUCAUAUAAUCAAAUCAUCAAAUCAUGCAGCCAUACCAUGUAACCAUAAUAUCAAGCAAUCGUUCAAACAGCCAUAAAUCAUAAUAAUAAUAAUAAUUUUAUUAUUUAUACCCCGCCCAUCUGGCUGGGUUUCCUCAGCCACUCUGGGUGGCUUCCAACUGAAUAUUAAAAACAAUACAGCAUUAGGCAUCAUCACACUAUCAUACAGCCAUAAUAUCAUACAGUCAUAAUUUGACCGUGCAUUUGACAUGAGUGUUUUAGCUCAGUACAGUGGUGCCUCUGGUUAUGUACUUAAUUUGUUUCAGAGGUCCCUUCUUAACCUGAAACUGUUCUUAACCUGAAGCACCACUUUAGCUAAUGGGGCCUCCUGCUUCUGCUGCGCCACUGCCGCAUGAUUUCUGUUUUCAUCCUGAAGCAAAGUUCUUAACCUGAGGUACUAUUUCUGGGUUAGUGGAGUCUGUAACCUGAAGCGUAUGUAACCUGAAGCGUAUGUAACCCGAGGUACCACUGUAAUCUGACCUGGUAUACAACAACUUCCUGUGUCCACUAAUUGGUCUCCCUCAUCCUUUCAAAACUGGUUUCUUUUUUAAGGAAGAUGUUAGAGCAUCUGCUUUGUGUGUGGAAGGUCCUGGGUUCAAUCCUUGGCAUCUCUGAGUAUGGCGGGGAGAGAACCCUGCCUGACACUCCGGUGAGACAUUGUCAAUCAGCUCAGUGACGGAUUUACGUAUAAGCUAAACAAGUUAUAGUUUAGGACCCCACUCACUUGGGGGGCCCAAAAAAAUUUAAAGGGAAAAAACCUGGAUGUACAUUUCCAAAAUAUAAGAUUAAAAAACAAAUAAAAUAAAACCUACAUACAACAACAGUGUUUUGGGUUGUGUAGGCUCCUAUGAUGUACAGUGGUACCUCGGGUUACAGACAUUUCAGGUUACAGAUGCUUCAGGUUACAGACUCCGCGAACCCAGAAAUAGUACCUCGGGUUAAGAACUUUGCUUCAGGAUGAGAACAGAAAUCGCGUGGCGGCAACGGGAGGCCCCAUUAGCUAAAGUGGUGCUUCAGGUUAAGAACGGAACUCCAGAACUAAUUAAGUUUUUAACCUGAGGCACCACUGUACAUAUUUUGUUAUGUGCAAAUGGCUUUAGGUCCAUAAAUUACCAUAUUGCAUAUAUUCAACACAAAAAACAGCGGCAAUUUGUUGUUGACAAAGGACAGCUGGACAUAUAAAGGGCCCCAUUACCUUCAGUAGCUUAAAGGUAAAGAGACCCCUGACAGUUAAGUCCAGUUGCGGAUGACUCUGGGGUUGCGGGGCUCAUCUCGCUUUACGUGCCCAGAUAUCGCGCGGACCCCCCUGGUUGAAAUUAUCAAUUUGUCCCUUAACACAGGGACAUUCCCAGGGGAGCUGAAGGAAGCAAUCGUGUGUCCGCUCUUAAAGAAAACUUCACAAGAUCCUUUAGAUCUAUCUAAUUACCACCCAGUUUCAAAUCUCCCAUAUCUGGGUAAGGUAAUUGAGAGAGCAGUUGCUGAACAGCUUGGCAGGUUUCUGGAGGAAACAUCGGCUUUAGAUCAAUUUCAGUCCGGAUUCCGUCCUGGUUUUGGGACCGAGAUGGCUCUGGUCGCCCUAACAGAUGAUCUCCGCAGACAACUGGAUCGAGGCGGGUCGGGACUGCUGAUUCUCUUAGAUUUGUCAGCAGCCUUUGACAUGGUCGAUCAUGAUCUUUUGGACCACCGCCUCGCCGAUGUGGGGAUACAGGGCAUAGCCCAUAAAUGGCUGUGCUCUUUUAUCUCUGGUUGGGGACAGAGGGUGGCACUAGGGAGGGAGUUGUCGUCGCGCCACCCCUUGGUGUGUGGAGUGCCGCAGGGCGCAAUUCUCUCCCCGAUGCUUUUUAACAUCUUUAUGCGCCCCCUUGCCCAGAUUAUCUGGAGCUUUGGGCUGGGCUGUCACCAAUAUGCUGAUGACACUCAGCUCUAUCUGCUGAUGGAUGGCCACACCGACUCGGCCCCGAACACACUGACCAGAUGCUUGGAAGCUGUGACUGGAUGGUUUCGUGGGAGCCGAUUGAAACUAAAUCCUUCAAAGACAGAGGUCCUCUGGCUGGGUUGGGAUGGUAUGGGGAUGAGGGACCAACUCCCUUCUCUUGCAGGGGCCCAAUUAGUGCCAUUGCCUUCUGUUAAGAGUUUGGGUGUAAUCCUUGACGCUUCCCUUUCCAUGGAGGCACAGGUUACAGCAACAGCCAAAGCGACAUUUUUCCACCUUCGCCGCAUCAAACAGUUGGUCCCUUACCUUUCCCACCCCGACCUGGCCACAGUGAUCCAUGCGACGGUCAUCUCCAGGCUCGACUACUGUAAUUCGCUCUAUGCGGGGCUGCCCUUGAAGCUGUCCCAGAAACUCCAGUGGGUGCAGAAUGCUGCAGCGAGGCUCCUCACAGGGUGUCUGCCAUGGGAGCAUAUUCACCCAGUGCUUUUCCAGCUGCAUUGGCUCCUGGUGGAGUACAGGGUCAGAUUUAAGGUGCUGGUUUUGAAUUUUAAAGCCCUUCACGGCCUAGGACCCUCAUACCUACGGGACCGCCUCUCCUGGUAUGCCCCACGGAGGACCUUAAGGUCCACAUAUAGCAACACCCUAGAGGUCCCGGGUCCUAAGGAAGUUAGAUUAGCCUCAACCAGAGCCAGGGCCUUCUCAACACUGGCCCCGGCCUGGUGGAAUGCUCUGUCUCUUGAAACCAGGGCCCUGUGGGAUCUGAUCUCUUUCCACAGGGCCUGUAAGACAGAGUUGUUCCACCUGGCCUUUGGCUCAGAAUCAGUUUGAUUCCCUCCCCCUCUUUCUUUUUCCUUUCUCCUCCUAUGAAGAGAUUGCUCCCGAAUUGUUUUAAUGUUGUAUCUUAAUCUUUUAAAUUGUAUUUUAAUCAACUUGUUUUAUUAUUGGUUGUUAGCCACCCUGAGCCCGGUCUUGGCUGGGGAGGGCGGGGUAUAAAUAAAAUAUUAUUAUUAUUAUUAUUAUUAUUAUUAUUAUUAUUACUGGACAAGGGAGCUGAUGUUUGUCCACAGACAGUUCUUGUGGUCAUGUGGCCAGCAUGACUAAGCCGCUUCUGGCGAAACCAGAGCAGCGCACGGAAACGCCAUUUACCUUCCCGCCAGAGCGGUACCUAUUUAUCUACUUGCACUUUGAGGUGCUUUUGAACUGCUAGGUUGGCAGGAGCAGGGACCGAGCAACGGGAGCUCACCCCGUUGCAGGGAUUCGAACCGCUGACCUUCUGAUCGGCAAGCCCUAGGCUCUGUGGUUUAGACCACAGCGCCACCCGCGCUUAGGGCCUCAUCAAACCUAAAUCUGGCCCUGAUCAGCGUAGUCAACGUUGAGCUAAAAGAACCAGUAGCCUAGAUGUACCUAUUAGGCAACUGCCUUCAUUGCAGGGGUUGGACUAGAUGACCCUUGGGGUCCCUUCCAACUCUACAAUUCUAUGCAGUUUAAGUAGUUCUGCCCCUAUAAUUUCCAAAAGAAAAGCUUCUGGGUUUUCUUAUUCAUGUAUGCUACUGCAGCGACAAGAAUGUUACUCACCCUCAAAAUGGAAAGAUGCAGAAAUCCCAGCAAAGGAAGAAUGGAUACAAAAAUGUACGGAGUAUGCAGAAAUGGUGAAAUUUACCGGAAGAAUAAGAAAUCAAGAUAACAAACUUUUUCUAAAAGAAUGCAAAUGGUUCAUUACAUAUUUACAGAUAAAUUGCAAACAGAAAAAGAACAUUGGCGGGAUUCUUGUAAUAACCUGCAGUUUCAUAAGAGUACAGUGGUGCCUCGCAAGACGAAAUUAAUUCGUUCCGCGAGUUUUUUGUCUAGCGAAUUUUUCGUCUUGCGAAGCACGGUUUCCCAUAGGAAUGCAUUGAAAUUCAAUUAAUGCGUUCCUGUGGUCAAAAAAAGUCCAAUCAAAGCCAAAUUUGGUACAACAAUAGUUUAUUAACUGCUCUUUAAAGUCACACAUACUUUAAAGAGCAUAUCAAAAUUGAAGGAACAAUAAAUUAAGUUUCUAAACAUGACAGAAAAACAUUUAAAAAUCAACAAAGUGUACUGUACAUACAUUUUCUAAGACUCUGGGGACCACUCGAAGAAGGUUUCUCUUCCACUCUUUGCUUCUUGCUGAGGAACCUGUCCAUGGUCUGCUGCUUCAUCCGCCUUUUCAGCAGCUCCCUGAGAGGCAACAUGACCGUCGUAUCAAAAGUGUUCGCUUGGUCAUGUGCCACGUGCUUGUUAGGGUGGUGCCGCUCUGCAAAGCCUGCACCUCCUUCCACUUCUGGCAAAUGUCCCUCAGUUCUUUGGAGGACAGCCGUUCCUCAGUUGCUUCCUCCUCUUCCAGCGAGGCCUGCUCCUGCGCAACCUCUGCCUGCAGUUCAACCAGCUCCUGGGUGGUCAGCUCGUGGUCGUGAUCCUCCACCAGCUCGCAGACAUCCUCCUCUGUGACCUCCAGGCCCAUGGUCCUCCCCAAGGCAACAAUGUCCUGCACCACUGUUGACUCUGGUGCAUCAGAGUCACUUGGUGCCACACAGUCCGGCCACAGGCUGCGCCAAGCGCAAUUCAAAUUUCUCUGGCUGAUCCCGUUCCAGGCCGUGGUGAUCAUCUUCAAGCAGGUGACGAUGUCGAAGUGGUCCUUCCAGAAUUCCCGCAGGGUGAUGGUGGUGCAAUCAGUCACCUCGAAGCGUCGCCUGAAAAGCUCCUUGGUGUAGAGUUUUUUGAAAUUGGCAAUGACCUGCUGAUCCAUCGGCUGGAGCAGUGGCGUGGUGUUAGGCGGCAGGAACAUGAUGUUGAUGAAGCUGAACUCCUCCAACAAGUCCUCCUCAAGGCCUUUAGGAUGAGCAGGAGCAUUGUCCAUCAGAAGCAAAGCCUUCAGCGGCAGGUCGUUGUCCAGCAGGUACUGUUUGACAGCAGGGCCAAAAGCAAGAUUGACCCAGUCCACAAACAGCACACGUGUGACCCAAGCCUUGCUGUUGGAUCGCCACAUGACACUCAGCCGCUCCUUGUCGACCUUGUGUUUCUUGAAGGCCCGUGGGUUCUCCGAGUGGUACACCAGCAGGGGCUUGAUCUUCAGGUCGCCGCUUGAGUUGGCACAGAAGAGCAGGGUCAGGCGGUCCUUCAUGGGCUUGUGGCCAGGCAACUUGGCCUCCUCCUGUGUGAUGAAAGACCUUUUGGGCAUCUUCUUCCAAAACAGCCCGGUCUCGUCGCAGUUGAAGACCUGCUGUGGAACGUAGCCCUCUGUCUUCACAGCCCCCAGGAACUCCAAGGCAAAGUCUUCAGCCACAGGAACAUCAGAACUGGCAGCCUCUCCAUGCCUGACCACGUGUGGAUUCCAGAUCUUGCCUUGAACUGGUCAAACCAGCCUCUGCUUGCCUUGAAGACUUCUGGCUCGCCUGAGGUUCCUGGCUGUUCCCGGAUGAGGUCUGCGUGCAAGGCCUUGGCCUUCUCACAAAUGACGGCCUCAGUCACUGUGUCCCCUGCACGCUGCUUCUCUUCUAACCAGAUGAGCAACAACUUCUCGACCUCCUCCAGAACAGCUGGGCGGUUCUUCACGAUCCUGGUGACUCCCUUGGCUGCAUCAGUCGCAAGGAUCUUCUCCCUCAUCUUCAGGAUGGUCCCGAUGGUCAAUGGGUUCCUGCCGUACUCCCUGGCGAGGUCCAUCACACGCAUUCCACCGUCGUGCUUCCAGAUGAUCUCCUUCUUCAUUUCCAGCGUCACCUUCUCCUUCUUCCUCUCGCCGGCCUCCGCAGCAGCAGCAGUCUUCUUGGGUCCCAUGGCAGCACAGCUCUUACCUUCGUAAACUCAGAAAAAGAAAAAGAAAUCAGCAAUUCAAACCCAGAACCAAGUCCUUGAAUUCCAAACACCCAACCCAAAAUCCAAAAACCCCCCAAAAAAGUUUUAAAAGUUUAACUUACGAAAUGGCUGCAAAUCACCAAAGUCUUCAAAAUCCUCAAAUGGCUGCAAAAGAAGUUUUGGGAAAGCUUUAAAAAUCACCAAAGUCUUCAAAAACCUCAACUGUUGCCCCCGCCCCACCCCAACUUUUGAAAACCCCUCCCAUACUGUUGCAAACCCCUCCUCAACUGUUCCCCCAUCCACCCAGCACACAGAAAUUCAAACCCAGAAUUUUUUUCAAAAAAACAACAACAUGGCCCAAUGGUCACAGAAAACCAUAAAAAUUCAAAAAAAACCACACAAGCUUCCAGAUUCUUGCAAACCCCUCCGCAGCUGUUCCCCCAGCCACCCAGCACACAGAAAUUCAAAACCCAGAAAUUUUUUUCAAAAAAAACCAACAUGGCCCAAUGGUCACAGAAAACCAUAAAAAAUUCAAAAAAAACCAAAACACACAAGCUCCCAGAUUCUUGCAAACCCCUCCCCAGCUGUUCCCCCAGCCACCCAGCACACAGAAAUUCAAAACCCAGAAAAAAUUUUCAAAAAAAAAAAAAAACCAUGGCCCAAUGGUCACAGAAAACCAUAAAAAUUCAAAAAAAACCACACAAGCUCCCAGAUUCUUGCAAACCCCUCCCCAGCUGUUCCCCCAGCCACCCAGCACACAGAAAUUCAAAACCCAGAAAAUUUUUUCAAAACAAAGUUAAAAAAAGAGGGGUUGUGAUUUAUGCAAAGGACAGAUUAUCACCAAAAUUUGUUUUUAAAGAUGACCAAGGAAGAUUUGUGGCAAUUGAAAUUCAAACACAAGGAGAAAAAUUUUUGAUAGUAGGAAUCUACGCACCAAAUGAUGGGAAAUAUGAAUUUUUUAAGAAGUUGCAUGAGACCCUGAUGGACCAUAUGGAUUACAUGAUUUUGAUGGGAGAUAUGAAUGGAGUGGUAUCCACAUAUAUGGACAAGGCACAAAGACAGGUAGUCACCAAGGAUGGUAGACUACUGAAAACUUUUUUUGACAUGACAGACAACUGGGAUUUAGUUGACAUUUGGAGAAUAAGAAACCCCAUGGCUAAAGAGGGAACUUUCUUUUCUGAAGCCAAAAUGACAUGGACAAGAAUUGACCAAAUUUGGAUAACUAGAGGAAUGGCACCAAAGACAAGAAAGGUGGAAAUCUGCCCGAAAACUUGCUCCGACCAUAAUGCUGUUAAGAUGGAAAUGAGACUAACACCAACUGGCUCCUUCAGAUGGAAGAUGAAUGACACCUUAUUUAGAGAUGAAGAAGAACUUAAGAAGGCCCAAAAAACCCUGAGAGAUUACUUUGAGAUAAACCUUAGUACCAACGUGGAGAGAAGAGUAAUCUGGGACGCAAGUAAAGCGGUUAUGAGAGGGUUCUUAAUACAACAGAAUGCAAUAAAGAAAAGAACUCAAAAUGAGAAGAAGGAUAAGAUAAUGGACAAAAUAAAGGAAUGUGAAAAAAGACUGAGAGUAAACCCAAAAUCUCAAGAGAUUCUGAGAGAGUUAAAGUUAUAUCAAGUACAAUAUAUGAAAAUGAUGAAUCAGGAAAUAGAAUGGAAAAUUAAACAAAUGAGACAAAAGACUCUUGAGUCGGCCAAUAAAUGUGGUAAACUGUUGGCAUGGCAAAUGAAAAAGAGACAAAAAUUAAAUACAAUUACGAACUUAGAAGUGGAAGGAAGAAACAUACAGAACCCUGCAGAGAUCAGAAGUUGUUUCCAGAGGUAUUUUAAACGAUUAUACACUCAAGGGCCAUUGAAAGAAACAGACCUAGACCAAUUUUUGAAAACAAAUGGAUUACAAAAAUAUCUCAAGAAAAUAAAUUAAUUUUGAAUCAUAGAAUAACCGAACAGGAAAUAGAAGGUGCCAUUCAAAACAUGCAAUUGGGUAAAUCUCCAGGACCAGACGGCUUGACUUCUAGAUACUACAGAUCUUUAAAAGAAUGGUUAAUUCAACCUUUGAAAGAGGUCUGCAACAAAAUAAUGGAGGGGGAAAGAGCACCAGAGUCGUGGAAAGAAGCAUAUAUUACACUUGUACCAAAAACAGAGACUGAAAAGACACAGCUUAAGAACUACCACCCUAUAUCAUUACUUAAUGUGGAUUACAAAAUUUUUGCAGAUAUUUUGGCUAAGAGAUUUAAAAAAGUGUUGAUGGAAGAGAUUCAUAAAGACCAAGCAGGCUUUCUCCCAGGAAGACAUUUGUCUGACAAUUUGAGGAAUAUAAUUGAUAUUUUGGAAAAAUUAGAAGUGAAUAUAAACACUAAAGCAGUUUUGAUAUUUGUAGGGGCGGAGAAAGCCUUUGACAAUAUUUCUUGGAAUUUUAUGAAGAAGAAUCUACAGGGUAUGGGGGUAGGCCAAGGUUUUGAGAAUGGUAUAAGUGCAAUUUAUUCAGAACAAAAGGCUAAACUAAUUGUAAAUAAUGUUGUGACGGAAGAACUUAAAAUUGAAAAAGGGACACGACAAAGUUGCCCAAUUUCCCCACUUCUUUAUAUUUCGGUUCUGGAGGUUUUGCUGAAUAUGAUUAGAAGGGACCAGUUGGUUAAAGGUAUACAGGUCGGAACUAAACAGUACAAAUUGAGAGCAUUCGCAGAUGACUUAGUAUUGACAUUACAGGAGCCAGAAUCUAGUACUAAAAGGGUUUUAGAACUGAUUCAAGAAUUUGGUCAAGUGGCAGGAUUUAAAUUGAACAAGUCAAAAACCAAGGUUUUAGAGAAAAAUUUAACACCGAUUGAAAGAGAGAGGUUUCAGAAUGAGACAGGUUUAACAGUGGUUAAGAAAGUUAAAUACCUGGGGAUUAACAUGACAGCAAAAAAUGGGAAUUUAUUUAAAGAUAAUUAUGAAAAAUGUUGGUCUGAAGUGAAAAAAGAUUUAGAAAUUUGGUCAAAUUUGAAGCUUUCACUGCUGGGCCGUAUUGCUGCGAUAAAAAUGAAUGUAUUGCCUAGAAUGUUGUUUUUGUUUCAAACUUUGCAGAUUGUGGACAAAAUGGAUUGUUUCAAGAGGUGGCAGAAAGAUAUUUCUAAAUUUGUCUGGCAGGGCAAGAAGCCCAGAAUAAAAUUUAAAAUACUAACGGAUGCAAAGGAAAGAGGUGGAUUUGCCCUGCCAGACCUCAAACUUUACUAUGAAUCAGCAGCUUUUUGCUGGUUGAAAGAAUGGCUACUUCUUGAAAACACUAACAUUUUGGACUUGGAAGGUUUUAACAAUGUAUUUUGAUGGCAUGCAUAUCUAUGGUAUGAUAAGGUCAAAGCACAUAAAGCAUUUAAAAACCACAUUGUCAGGAAAGUGCUGUUUAAUGUUUGGAUAAGAUAUAAGGAUUUGCUAGAAAACAAAACCCCAAGGUGGCUGUCACCAAUGGAAGCGAAAGCCUUGAAAAAGGUCAAUAUGGAGGUCAAAUGGCCGAAAUAUUGGGAAAUUUUGGAACAAGACGGAGACAGACUGAAAUUGCAGAGUUUUGAAAAAUUAAAAAAACAAAGUGCGAGACUGGCUUCAUUAUUUUCAGAUAAUGGAGGCAUUUAAAUUGGACAAGAAAAUUGGCUUCCAGGUGGAAAGAUCAAAAUUAGAAACAGAACUGUUAGAACCCAAAACUAAGAAUUUGUCAAGAAUGUAUAACUUGCUGCUGAAAUGGAAUACUCAGGAUCAAACGGUAAAAUCGGCUAUGAUUAAAUGGGCACAGGACGUUGGACAUAACAUUAUGUUUGCUGACUGGGAACAGUUGUGGACCACAGGUAUGAAAUUUAUGGCAUGUAAUGCCUUAAGAGAGAAUAUUAUGAAAAUGAUAUACAGGUGGUACAUAACCCCAGUCAAGCUUGCAAAAAUCUAUCACUUGCCCGAUAAUAAAUGUUGGAAAUGUAAAGAAACUGAAGGUACAUUUUUUCACCUUUGGUGGACGUGCCCAAAGAUUAAGUCUUUCUGGGAAAUGAUAUAUAAUGAAUUAAAAAAGGUAUUUAAAUAUACCUUCCCUAAGAAACCAGAGGCCUUUCUCCUGGGCAUAGUCGGCCAAAUGGUGUUAAAAAAGGAUAGAACUUUCUUUAUGUAUGCAACAACAGCAGCAAGAAUACUCAUCGCAAAGUAUUGGAAGACACAAGAACUUCCCACGCUGGAGGAGUGGCAGAUGAAACUGAUGGACUAUAUGGAACUGGUGAAAAUGACUGGCAGAAUCCGUGACCAGGGAGAAGAGUCGAUGGAGGAAGAUUGGAAGAAAUUCAAAGAUUAUCUACAGAAACACUGCAAAAUUAAUGAAUGUUAGAGUGAUGUUGGAUUGAAAAUAAGUGGUUUCCAGCUGUACAGGAUAAAGUUAUAGAUAGAUCAAGAUUAAAGAUUAGGAUUAAAGAAGUUUAAGGAAAUGGAAAUUUGGUACUUAAGAGGUAAAAUUUUAAAGUUAUAUUACAGUGAGAUUAAAGAUUAGGAUUAAAGAAGUUUAAGGAAAUGGAAAUUUGGUACUAAAGAGGUAAAAUUUUGAUGUUAUAUUAUAUUAAGAUUAAAGACUGGGAUUAAAAAAGUGGAAAAGAAAUUGCUGGACAAACAAUUUGGACUGGAAUACAAAAGAGGGAGGUAUGAGGAAGUCCAGAAAAUAAGUAAAUUUAAAAACGGAAAUGAAAAAGUGAUAUUGUUUUUAAUUGUUCUGUUUAUUCUGUUUUAUUUGCUUUUUUUGUUUUUUUGUGUGUGUUUAUUUUCCUUUUUUUGGAUUAUGUAUAGUGUAUUUGUGUAUUUUUUUUUAUGUUUUCCUGUCUAACUUUUUUUCUGAAACCUUAAUAAAAAUCAUUUAUAAAAAAAAAAAGAAAAAAAAUUUUCAAAAAAAACCAACAUGGCCCAAUGGUCACAGAAAAUCAUAAAAAUGCAGAAAAAACCACACAAGCUCCCAGAUUCUUGCAAACCCCUCCUCAACUGUUCCCCCAUCCACCCAGCACACAGAAAUUCAAACCCAGAAAUUUUUUUCAAAAAAAAACAACAUGGCCCAAUGGUCACAGAAAAUCAUAAAAAUGCAGAAAAAACCACACAAGCUCCCAGAUGCUUGCAAACCUCUCCCCAACACCAAGUCCUUGAAUUCUAAACACCCCAACCCAAAAUCCAAAAACCCUCAAAAAGUUUUAAAAGUUUAACUUACCAAACAGCUGCAAAGAAGGUUUGGAAAAGCUUCAAAAAUUCAGCAAACUCUUUAAAAAGCUCAAAAAGGCCACCACACCGCGUGCAAUGCGUUGCUCCUCGAAGUCAAGUCGCAACUGCACCUCUUCCAACAAUGCACCCUGGGUUUUAACGGUUUUACGAAAAAGGAAACAAACUUGCAAGACGUUUUCGUCUUGCGAAGCAAGCCCAUAGGGAAAUUCGUCUUGCGAAGCCACUCGAAAACGAAAAAACCUUUCGUCUUGCGAGGCGUUCGUCUUGCGGGGCACCACUGUACAUAUUUAAAGUAGACGAAUAAAUGAGCAAAUUAAGUUAAUUUGGAUGUGUGGAAGAUAUUAAAAAUAAAUUUAAGGAACCCCAGAAAGGGGGAAGGAAGUCAAGUUUUGAAAUGUUAAAAUGAUUGUAAAAUUAGUGAAAUGUAUAAACCUGAAAAGCAUAAAUAAUAAUAAUAAAACAACUCUAUGAUUCUAUAUUUUAUGUGGAUGGUGCUGUUUCAAUUGCAUUAGCAGCAGCACCUGCCUCUAAACAUUGCAAACAGAGGGAGGGGAGCACUGUUCAGGCAACUGAUUCCUGUCACCCUUAUGUAAAGUUUAUAUUGCAUAGAACACACUAUGAAAAACACUAUUUUAAAAAUCAGGAAUUUCAUGUUUUAAACGUCACUGUCUGCUAAGGUAGCCUUUUUUGAUCCACCCUUUUGUAGAAAUAACAGAACCUUCAUUUCCUCCCCAUUGAUUUAUAGAAACUGUGUGAUCUUAUAGCUUUGUCAUCACCUGUGUUUAUGAAACUCCUGAAGAGCUUGUGUAAGACAAACAUGAUGGCUCUUAUAACACCAGUUCCUGAGAGCUCCAGUUAAUUUAAAACUUAAAUAAUGGAUGUUUCCAAGACGUACCGGAGUCGAAGUGAUUAUGAAGGAUACUGUAUACAUCAGAAGUGCCUAUAGUUCUUGUUAAUAGUUGUACUGAGUCAAUGUUUCCAUUACUUCCAGAGCCCAAUGAUCAUUUGUCAUAUAGCAACCGGUCCCAGGUUAACUCACUUUUGAACUGUUGGGAAGAAGCUCUGAAAGAUGCAGAAAUGGCCUGUAAUCUCCAGCCAACGUGGAUAAAGGUGAGUGCCGGUUUCAGAUUCACAUCUUUUUUAUUUAACUGAGCAAAUCGUCACUGUCCGUGUCACAGUGGAAAUAAAUGUCUCUGAUUUAUGGCCAAUUGGCAAUUCCUCAAACAGGCCAGCAGAUUGUGCGCAGUUAAAUUUGUGAUGGGAAAUAUGCAGUGGUAAUUUCUGAGAUAUAAAGGAGGCCUGAGCUUGCAAAUAACUCCACGCAAGUUACUAGUCCACAAACGUUUUGGUAAAGGUAAAGGUAAAGGGACCCCUGACCAUUAGGUCCAGUCAUGACCGACUCUGGGGUUGCGGCGCUCAUCUCGCUUUAUUGGCCGAGGGAGCCGGCGUACAGCUUCCAGGUCAUGUGGCCAGCAUGACUAAGCCGCUUCUGGCGAACCAGAGCAGCGCACGGAAACGCCGUUUACCUUCCCGCUGGAGCAGUACCUAUUUAUCUACUUGCACUUGACAUGCUUUCGAACUGCUUGGUGGGACCGAGCAACGGCAGCUCACCCCGUCGCGGGGAUUUGAACCGCCGACCUUCCGAUUGGCAAGUCCUAGGCUCUGUGGUUUAACCCACAGCGCCACCCGCGUCCCCCAACGUUUUGGUAGUUUCUGGCAAAUUGGUGGCCUGAAAGAAAAAAUCAAAUUAUCAGCUACUUUUACAAAAUAUUCUUCCUUGCCUAGCCACUUAGAGGUAAUUUUGCUCACUACAGAUGACCUAGUAUGGCAGCGGUGAGGAAUCUGAGGCUCAUGGGCAAAUGCAGCUCAUUAGAUAUCUUUGUCUGUCUGUCAGGACUCUCCAUAGGCUACACCUCCUCUUCCCAGCCCUCACCCUCCUUGAGUGGUUUUGCUUGGCUGAAAUUUCUCCUUGAUCUCUGAUAAUGGUUUGUGUAUGCAUGAUUUUGCCUCUGGCCUUGCCCACCACUGUCAUGUGGCCUCCAGAAGACUCCUCAGAAGGAAUGUGGCCCUCAGUAAGAAAAUGUUUAUCGGCUUUUGUGGUAUAACAGGGCUGGUGCACUUGCCACCUUCAAGAUGCUGGUGCACAAACUAUAGGUCUUCUCUGCUGUAUCCCCAGAAGCACAGAAAGGGCUGUAGCUGGGUGGCAGAGAAUUUGCUUCACAUGCAGAAGGUUCCAAGUUCAAUUCCCAGAGUCUCCAGGUACGGCCAAGAGAGACUCCCUCUCUGGAACUCUGGAGAGCCCUUGCCAGUCCAUGUAAACAAUACUAAACUUGAUGAACUAAACAAUGGUCUGACUCUAUACAAGGCAAUUUCCUGUGUUUUUACUGCAUAUGUUUAAGUUGUUAGGUGAGCCUAGGAAAAGGCAGUGAUGACUCCCUUCCUUCUUGCAGGGUCACUUACGGAAGGGACAAGCCCUUGUUAAACUUGGGAAAACAGAAGAAGCUUUUCAGGCCUUUUUAUUCUCCCUUGCCUUGGAUUCUGGGAACAAAAUGGCCAGAUCAGAAGCUCAAAGGGUGAGUCCUAUGUAUCUUUUUAUCUGAUGUCCACAUCUCUAACAGUAGCACCAUCUCCUGCUUUAAAAAAGAAGCCAACCUGUAGCUUGCCAGUUUAUCAGUUUAUGGGAUGUGGUUGUGCUUCAUUAUGCUCUCCACUAUUGUAUUGUCUGGGUGAACCUUAUGUAAGUUAUUUUGGAGCAGGGAACUGUCACCAUCUUGUUGCCAUAUGAAGCUGCCAAGCACAUCGGUGGUGCUGUGAUGGAGAGGUCACACCGAGUCCUUCGCAGUGCACAUGACAGUCAGGCAAAAUAGCAAAUCAGAUGUUUGUUCAGCCAUCGGUCUUGCCCCUUUUGCACCAUGCUCACUUUUUAAAAUGUAGGGUGUUCACUUCAACUUUGAUCCCCACCACUUCAUCAAUAAUAUUUUUUAAAACUGCUUCAGGGAUUGGUGGUGAAGUUGUCAUGGAUCUUGUGACUUUCUCCCUUUGCAAGUUCCCCUUACUUGUAACUGUAUCCUGGUUGCCCUACAUGACUCCACCUUUGCCCCAUCAGCUCCUUCUUCAAAACCCACCUUUCCCUUAGAAGUACUUAGCAUAACCCCAUGCCUCACGUCUAUUGCCCAUGGGUUUCUAAAGUAAUUGCAUAUUGUUCCCGUGUCUGCCCUCUGCAUCCAUCUCCCUAAUGGCAUUGUAUAAAUAAAAAACAGCCAUAAUCAUGAUUUUUAGUCCACUUUUUGUCAGCUGUCAUAUUAAACCUCUAAGCCAAGUCAUGUCAUCAUGUUGUAAGAUUUAAAAAGGGGUAGAGAUAGCUUAAUUAUGGUGAUGUUGGUGCCAUCAAAUGCACACAGUUUUCCUCCCUGGGAUGAACUUUGAAAAACCAGUUGCACAAGGUUUUUGGCAUGAUUCAGGCUGAACUGGGGAAAGCUGGCUGUGGGGAGGAAGGCUGCCAGUUGGCUAGUGACUCUGAUGUCACCAACCCGCCACUUCUUCUUUUCUUCUUGGCAGCCCCUGGAGCAAUUUUGCAACUGGUUUUAAAAUUAACUUCCUUUUCUUGGUAAGGUGAAAUACAUACAUAUAUAUAUAUUGUAUAUAUAUAUAUAUAUAUAUAUAUAUAUAUAUAUAUGCCGUAAAUAUAUGCCAACUUUUGUAUCUUGGCAUGUCCCUUUCCCCCUGCCUCCCUGACAAACCAUUGCCUUAUGUGCUGUCAUUGUGCCAUGUGCUGUUUUUGUACUGGUGUGUCUCAUUUCAGUGCUGUUCCUCAGCACAACGCUGCAAUGAACUGAUAACGUUCAUUUUCCAAAGUUGCAUUGGUGACAGUGCAUUGUGUGAAGGAGGCUGUUCACUGCUGCAUUUAAUGAUAAAAGUAGCCUUUGGGUGAAUUGGAUGACUGUCCUCAGAGCACAGCACAGUGAACUUGUCUGAUUCUUCACUAAGGCUGUUUGGGCAGUUGUGACACUCUUCUUUCAGAAGCUCUCAGACUGAACCCAUGAAGCUGAGCUCAUCCUAGCUGGUUGCUUAGUUUAUAAUUGCCAUCAUCCUAAGAAGUGGGUUGUGUUCAGUGAGCAUGAUAAAGUUCGGGGAAGCAACCUGACCUCCCUUCUACCUUGGAAUUCCAGUGUGGAGACUGGGAAAAGUCUCUGUUCCAGAUUCAAUGCCUGUUUAUUACAGUAUAUACCUUUGCUUGCAAGGGCUUUUUAAGUCACCUCCUUCUCCGGUGUAAAUAACUAGAGGCUCUGGCAGGAUUUGAGUACUGUAUCUUGAGCAAUUGGCAUUCAGAAAAAUGAGCUGCAGGUAGGGGAGGUAGGGUUGGGGAGGUAGGAGUGGGGAGCCUAUGAUAUGGUCAGACUCCCAUCAAUCAUGGCCAUUGGCCAUACUGGCUAGGGAGAGGCAUCUGGAGGGGCACAGGUUCCCCAGCCCUGAAAUAAAGUGUGGGGGGGAGGUUAAAGAGCCCUUUGGCUUGGGUCUUAGGUAAUAUGGAAGCAAAUAAGUUUCUGGCCCUCUAGCCCUUGCUCAAUUCAGAAUAUUGCCUCCGGGUUUCACAAAUGCUGUUUGUUCAGGAAUAUAGGGGAAAGGAGUUGGGAGACAUCUCAGCCAAGAGAAACCCGUACUGUCCUGUGACUUGGUCACAUCACACAGUGUGCAUGAGGCUUCCACUGUGCAAUUCAAGCUAGGAGGGUUGCAGCAAACUGCACUGGGCCCAUGCAACGCAAUACUGAUGCCAAUGGUUAGCGUUAGCUUCUUAGUCUCAUGAGAUGAGAAUGCAAAACUGCAGGUAGGGGAUAAAUGGCCCUCCAGAUGUUGCUGGGCUCUAGCUUGGCUAAUGGUCAAGGUUGAUGGGAGUUGUAGUCCUUACAACCUCUGGAGAAGACUGGGCUCCCUAUCCCUGAUGUAGAGGGCAGAAAAAAGGGAUUGCCUCUAAGAAACAAAAACAUAGGAAGCAACCUCAUACCAGAUCAGAGUAUUUGUAUGUCUAGCCCAGUGUUUCCCAAACUUGGGUCUUCAGCUGUUGUUUUUGGACUACAAUUCCCAUCAUCCCUGAUCACUGGCUUUGUUAGCAAGGGAUGAUGGGGGUUGUAGUCCAAAAACAGCUGGAGACCCAAGUUUGGGAAACCCUGAUCUAGCCCAACGUUGUCUAUGCAGACCGGCAGCUGCUCUUUGGGCAAAGGAAUCUUCCUGUUGUUACCUGAUCCUUUUGACUGGAGAGGGAAGGGGCUAAUGAUUAUUAUCCAAAGGAGCCCAGGGCAGCAAAUGUACAUGCAAUAAAAUAUAUUUAAAAGAAUUCCAUUACAGGUGUAGACUUUGAAAGCUCCCUACUUAAAAGUCUUAUUGAAAGAGGGGAUCUUCUGGUAGCUGCCAAAAAGGCAACAGAAGCAAGCCUUGGAUUAUUUUAGGAGCCCAGAAAAUAAAGCAGCAGAAUUUUCCAGCCUCCGAUUUUAUUUUUAUGCUGAGAUAGCUUGCAGUUAAUAGUUUUCAGAUGAAUCAGCAUUCUUUUGAUGCUGGCACUUAACCAGUGGUUUUCACAUCUUUGUGAAUCUGUUGGCUCUCUCUCUCCCUGAAUGUAUGAUGAUCCCAUUUUGGAAUGUAAAAGCACACAGCAAAUCUUGCUUUGGUGCAGAGGAUUAAACUUGAUGCUUACCUCUGUUGGAUUUCAUUCAGAGAUGGGAUGCACAGGCUUGGCCCAUCCUGUUGAACCUUGGGUUUAGAUUCCUGCCCACUUGGUGUAGCUUUGAACUAUGUUCUAAUGCUUAUCCCAAGAGACAGGGAAUGUGUUCUAGCUUAACCCACCCCACAAUGUGGUUGUGUAGAUAAAAGUAGGAUAACCCCAGGUAUGCUCGCCUCUUCCCUUUGAAAGACAGGUAGGAUGCAGGUGUUUAAAUUUUUAAUGGUGUGGGUAGAACACUAGUCAAAUCUGCCCUGCCCUGUGGUCAAACCCAGAUGACUGAAAAUUGUUUUGUUUUGUUUUGCUAGGAGUCUGUCUAUUAAACAGGAAAUGUAUGACUAUCAACCUGUUGGCACUGACAAGAUGAGUUUGCAUUGCAGCAGCCUUUUGUGUGUGUGCUUUUCAUAGCUUAACUGUUCUGCAGGGAAGCUUAAAGAGCACUUCUCUCCUGAAUACCCCAAGCCUCAACAUCUGUUGCUAGCUUACACUAAAUAAGAUCCUUGUCCCAGAUAGCCUUGUAUUGAUGGCCAUGACUGACAAUGGCUCUCUGGAGCCCCUGUAGAGCUUUUCCAUCACCUGCUGCCACAUCCGCUUCAUACAUUUAAAGCAUAUUUCAUGCUCAAGAAUUAUAGAAACUGCAGUUUGUUAAGGGUGCUGGGAAUUGUAGCUCUGUGAGGGGGAAACUACAGUUCCCUGGAUUCCUUAGGGCAAGCCAUGUGCUUUAAAUGUGUGUUAAAUCAAAUGUGCAUUAAAUUUAUAGUGUGGAUGUGGCCUAGUCCUCAGAAAUGGAAAUGCCAGGAACUGAACGCAAGACUUUGUGUUCAAAUUAAGUAAUGAAGUGUGUGUGUGUGUGUUUGUUUUAUAUCAUAGCUUCUACUUAAUUUAAUUUCGCGUGUCCCGAGGGAUGCUCAGGAACGCAUGCCUGAUAUCCUGCAGCUGGUAUCCCGUCACCCUAAAUUAAAAGGGAACCUUUUAAGUUCAGCACCAUCUGAAGGCACCAUCCAUAGCCUACAAAGUUUGAUCAAGGUAACACUUGUCUGUGAUACUGUCCUUGUAUGUUAAUAUUUGGUUGUGGAGGGGAGGUGGUUGCGCAGUUUGCUGCUGGGUGAGUGUGUAGGGUCAUUGGCCUGGUGCAUGAGUGCACGCUGCUGACCACCCUGAGAUUUUAUUAGCAAGGCACAUGGGGGUUCUAGUUUUAUUAACAAGAUGCUCAUGGGGUUCUCUGAGAAUUGCAGCCAGUCAUUAGGGAAAGCCUUGGCAGAAAGGUUGGGGUUGAAGACUCAUUAAACUGGGUCUCAUUUCUUACAACUUAAGAAGAGUCUGGCUGAUAGAUCAGACCCAAAUGGUCCUAGGCCUCCCGCCUCCUUCCCAAAGCCUGGUUUGUGCUUUCCCAGCUUUGUAAGGAGGGGGAAGGCUCUAGGACCCUGUCAAAAUCCUUUUGCCUCCUUCCUAAGGGGGGGGGCUCAUUAUCUGCCUUUGGGAAGGCAGUAAGAUGAAUGAGGGGUGUCAUAGUACCCAAGUCCCCCCACAGCCAGGUGCUUCUGGGAAAUGUCAAAGCUGGACAUGUGGGCAAUGUUUUUUAUUUUUUUAUAAGUUCUCCUUUCAAGACCUUGACCAGAAAGUGUUAUCUAUGAGUUCAGAAUAGGCUUUGUAUGGAUUUACUAGGCUGCAAAGAACUGAUCUUGUGUUUUUGGGCUGGUGAGAUAGAACAGCCAUUGUAUUUGCCUUCUCUGUCUGGCCCUUGGCACUCUGCCCAGGCCACACCGCUCACCAGCCCUGCUUCAAACCUUCCUUGAGUGUUUUUGCCUUGCUGGAACAUGUUGUUGAACUCUGAUCAUGCUUCUUGCUUGUCUGGAUAUAGGACUGAGAGAGGGGUGAGUGGGUGGGUGGGUAUAGAAGCUAGCCUAUUGCAUAAAGGUAAACUUUACAUUCAUUGCUCCACCCACUUCUGGCUGUGGCCCUGGCAGGGAAUGCAACCCUUAAACUGUUUUACUGCUUAGUGUUGCACCCAGUGUAUUAUCUGUACUUUCAGCACCGGGUUUAGUGUUGUGCAGUCAGUCCCCGUCCCCCACACAAAAAAAGUGCACCAAGGGGGUGCAAAUUUAAGAAGAUCCAUAAUUGAGAAGAUCCAUUUGGGGAUGCAAAAUUUUGGCCACGCACAGGGCGUCAUAUUACAAAAGAUUAUCCAAGUCUACCCCUGUUACUUUUGCAGAAGGAUUGUUUUUCUAUUGAAGUCAUUUGCUGCUCAUCCUGCUUCAGUUGUCUUACGACAAAUUGUGAGCAAGAUGCUGUACAGGCAAGAUGUUGCAGAAGUUCUAUUUAGAAUUAGGGAUGACUCUGCAACCUUAAGCCUGAUUUUGGGGGAUGUGUAGCUUUUUCUGCAGGAUGAUUUGAUUGCUUUGAAGCACCAAAUUGCAUUUUAGGGCUUGAGUUGAGAGGCAGUUUAAUUUAUGGACUCUCCCUUCCAGCAUUAAGUAUUGUUCCUUGGAAACAAAAGGCCCCCUACCUCUUCCCCAUUCUCUGGUAGGCACCUCUGAUCAGGGCUGGCCCACUCAUGAGGCAAGGUGAGGUGACUGCCUCAGGCAGCAGAUCCCAAUGUCAAUCUUUCUCCCCCACCUUGUUCCUGAUGUAGGUCUUUGCUGACGCCUUCUUCCCUGGAGGGCAGGGGCUGCCAUUUUGGGGUCUGCCUCAGUUGCCAAAAUGUAUUGGACCAGUUUUGUCUCUGGUGGCUAUCUCUGAAACGGGUCAAGGUAGCUUUGGGGAAGAGUUGCUCUUUCAUCAUGGUGCAGGGAAGAGGUUCCUAAAACACAGAAUCAUUGCCAAAGCAUCCUACAUAGCAAACUCAUUCUCCAAAUGCAGAUCCUUGCACAGUCCAAAUGGCUGCGUCUAGUAUCCAUGCCAAAGAGGGCGGUGUGGACAAGCUUGGGGGAAUUGCAAUGUUUGCUGAAGUACAAAAAAAAACCAAAGGUGGAGAAGAAACUCCCAAAAAGCAUCUUAGUGAAGGCUGAGCAUGCUAAAUGGACCCGGAAAAGUGCUCAGGUGGGUGGGUUAGAUGGAAAACUGCAGAGAGGGGAAUAGAUUGGAACGGAUUGUCUUGGGAAAAGGUGUGACUGGCUGGCAGGAACUCUGAGCAGGAAUAUUCUGCACGGCACCAUUUUGUUGUGAGUCCCAUCUAGAAUCACAGAAUCACAGAGUUGGAAGGGACCAUGAGGGUAGUCUUGUCCAACCCUGUGCAAUGCAAUGAUCUUUCACUCAACGUGGGGCUUGAAUCCACAGCCCUUAGAUUAGGAGUCUCAUGCUCUGCCAACUGAACUAUCCCACCAAUGCUAGUCCUACUCCCAGCAGACGCAUUAAAGUUAAUGGGCCUGACUAACAUAGGGACCAUUAAUAGACAGGACUAACUAAAGGUCUACUAUAACUUAGUCACAUACAAACUCCAGAUUUUAUGUAGAAGCAUGAGAUGUACCCUGCCUGGAAGGCCCCUUGUAAAAACUCAGAUAAUAGUUUGCCCCAAUGGCAAACCUUGGCUUAUGACUGCUAAGGUUAAAUCUUGACCGGCUCUGGUAACCAGGCCUUUUAAAGCUUAACCUCAACAAUAGCUUAUUUUCUAUUUUGAGUGUUAUUAACUCCCAUAAGAAAUAGCCUCAAUUUUCACAAAUCAAUUGAAUGAAGUAGUCAAUCUUUUUCAAAGCCAUACCACUUCAUACUACUACAACUACUGAUAUUUUUUAUUUUUUUUUAUUAACAUAAUACUGCUAAUAAUAUACCUGCAUGUUGCGAACCAGCGUGUUGGGCAGAAAGCAAAGUUUGAAACCUUCUCCCUGACAUCGUACUUUUCUACAUGCAGGGUAUGUUUGGGAGGGGGAGGGGGGAAUCAUGUGAGCCUUCACUUGUAGGCUGAAAUGAUACCACCCUGAAGCAGAUUUAUUUUAUUUACUGACUUUUCAUUUUCCUUUCAAUAUUUCCAAACUACCUCUGUAUUUGUUUAUCAGUUACCCAACACAUAGUGAUAAUUUCUCUGGGAAACAUGCAAACAGGAAGAAAAUUUUAAAAGCCACUAUAUGGGAGAAACACCAUGAGAAUGGGAGUUAAAAUAUCUCCCUGCUGCCCGUGGUGAGCAGGCAGUCGAAUGAAGCCUGCUCUCUUCUCUGAUAGAACCCUGUUCUUUGUUAUUUCUUGGGCCUCAUCUGCAUUCUACAUUUAAAUCAAUAUCAUACUGCUUUAACCAAUCACAGCUUAUCCCAAAGAAUCCUGGGAACUGUAGUUGGUCAGGAAUGCAAGAUAAAAAGGUUGUUAACAGAGGUGUUCCAUGUUCUGUGCAGGUGCGCUUUGAGGAUAUCUGUGAAGGUCUUGUGAAGAACAUCGUUGCUGGGGAUCAAUAGUUCUAAAGAAUAACCUUUUUCUUUGCACAGGAAAAUAUGGAAAUGCGUGCUGCACGCAGUGAAGAUCAGAAAGCAGCUGACCGCAGUGGAUUACAAAAGUCCACCCCAGUGGCAGAGAGCAAGAAAGGUAGUCAUGCCUCUUCAGCGACUGAAUCAGCCACCCUUAUAUCUGAUCAGUGCAGUCUCCUAAAGAGAAAAUACUGCUCUGAUGAGGCCCCAAACACCGACCCACCUAGCAAAAUUAUGAAAAGGGGUAAGCUUUCUUUAAAAAAUAAAAAAAGAAUCUAUUUUAGCACUGAAGUAAAGUCGGGGACGCGGGUGGCGCUGUGGGUUAAACCACAGAGCCUAGGACCUGCCAAUUGAAAGGUCGGCGGUUCGAAUCCCCGCGGCGGGGUGAGCUCCCGUCGUUCGGUCCCAGCUCCUGCCUACCUAGCAGUUUGAAAGCACCCCUAAGUGCAAGUAGAUAAAUAGGGACCGCUUUCUAGCGGGAAGGUAAACGGCGUUUCCGUGCGCUGCUCUGGUUCGCCAGAAGCGGCUUAGUCAUGCUGGCCACAUGACCCGGAAGCUGUACGCCGGCUCCCUCGGCCAAUAAAGCGAGAUGAGCGCUGCAACCCCAGAGUCGGCCACGACUGGACCUAAUGGUCAGGGGUCCCUUUACCUUUACCUUUAUGUUCUGCAUAAAGUACGUGUGGAUUAAAUGCCCCCCUAAACACAAUGGUGUGGGGUGAGUGACAACACUUUUCUCUAAAUUAUAAAACUUUUGUUUUAAGCACUUACAAAUGUUAGACCUUUGAACCUGCAGACAUGAUUGUGAUGCCCAAAAAUGUGAGGUGCAAAUGGUGGGUUCUUGUGGGAGAGACGAUUGUUAAGUCACCAAUUUUGAUUGUUUGGCGUCUACACAUCUGUGACCAAGUGCACACUUUUAACUCCAAUAUAUGCUCCUUUCAGGUCUGUAAUGUGUGUGUUUGGUUUUCCCCCUUCUUUGUCCCGCCCCCCCCCACUCCCACUUUUAACAGAUGCAAGUAAGGGGAAAGGAUCCGGUGCUGGGAAGAGUUCUCUGUUUGGAUUUGUGGAACCGUCAGAUAUGGAGUGUUCGUUGUGCAUGAGGUAACCAUUACUAUCUUCUUGUCUAAAAUAGGUACAGGGAACUUUUCAGUUUGCAGAUGUUGAUUGACUACAACUCCCAUUAUCCCUAGUCCUUCUCCGUGCUUGCUGGGGCUGAUGGGAGCUGGCAUUCAGCAACUUCUGGAGGGCCAGAGGUUCCUUGUGGCUCAUGAGGAGCCCCAAGGUCUGCAGAGGAGGGUGGAGCCUUGUGGCUCAUGAGGAGCCCCAAGGUCUGCAGAGGAGGGUGGAGGAAACCCCAAAGAGACCAGAGGCACAGCAGGGCUCUGUUUAGGCUGCCCAGCCUCCCUGCCUAACAGCUGAUGUGCACGGUCACACAGCAGCAGCUGCCGCUUUCCCUUGUGUCCUCCAGAUAUUUUGGUGUGGAUUGGAAAGAGACUGGGGGAGAGAGAGCUGGAGAGCAGGGGAAAAUAGGCUUUUAGAGGCUUUUUAGAGGGUGUUCCCUACUUUACACAAUUCCACUUAGGCAUGCAGGGGCCUAGAAUGUAACCCCCAUGUAAGUGGGGGGAUGCCUGUACUUCUUAAAUAGGGUCCAAACCAGUGGACCUUCCACUCAUCAGCCUAACUGACUCACAACUUGCUUGGGGAAAACAGGGCUGGUUUCUAGCCUUAUCCCACCCCUGAGAUCAAAGCAGCUUGCUCAUUUUCCUGGUAGACCCCCUCAAUUUCCCAAAGCCCAGGAACUCCAAGACAAACUCACCUUGCAUUUCCCAGACAGCUCCAUGAUAGUUUAUUCAGAGCAUAAAGGUAGACCAUGCUCCCACAAGUCUCUUCCAGGGGUGGAAGAAUAUGCUGAUCUCUUAUGACUCUGAGCCUAAACUUUCAGCAACUGGAUUCCAAGUUUCUAGGGAUUCUAGAGUGCUGGGACUGGCAACCACAUACGUAUCAACAGUCGGAUUAUGAAACUUUAUCAGAAGUAAACAAGUCUUGAAAAAAGAGACAAUGUACAUAAUUUUUUAAACCAAGAAAAUCUUUAAUAAAAAUUAUUUUUUAAAAAAGAAAUAAAUGGUGGGGGAAAGCAGGCAACAGGUCAAACAGAAUGCAAAAUAAAUCAAAGUGCUUUGGCUGUAUAGCUGGACUAAUCCUAGCCUAUUCGCCACAGGAGAGUAUUUCCUUGCUGCCUACUUACAAGUAGGCAGCAAGGAUGGUCAGAUCCAGCCUGGAUCCCUAAUGGUAAGAGGGACCAUAGCUGCAGCUCAGCUUUUAAAGGCUUUCUCUCCUCUCCUUGGAGGAAGCAACCCCUGGCUCUUUCUGACUAGUGACAGCCACAGUCAGUUUGUGAGAUAUGUCACACCUCACAUAUGGGAAACCCAAGUCCCCUUUUGCAUUUGAACAGAACUGGCAGGAAAUAGGUGACAGACUGGCUUAGAGAAAUGGUGGAAGCAGGAGAUCUAUCCUUUGUGACAGAUGCAAACCAAGGUGCAGUGUUAACUCAGGAAUAGAAACCCGCUUGAAACCGAUUCCGGAACCUGCUUAGUGCUAACCAUGGUUGAUGGUGGUGCCAACAUAACCCUGAAAGCUGGAGGGUGGCAUUCAAAUUCUUCAGGAGAGGGAAUGAAAAGGAAUGUAAGCAUGAACACCUAGAAACAAUUGUUCAGGUUGCUAGGCAGGUGAUAGGUUGCCUGAAUUGCUGGAAAUCCAUGCAACUGAUUUGGCAUGGGUCUGAGUCUUUUUACUUUAACUUGUAGAGCUUGUCAUAAUUGCCCAUAAGGAAAUUCAACGAAAUCUGCAUACUGUAUUUCCAUGAACCAGUAACCCAGUGAUCUCAUCUCCAACCAGCCCAAGCUGUUAUUAACCCAGUUUGCCCGCCCAACUAAGUAAUGUAGUUGACCUACAUCCAGGGAGUGAGUCAGGGACAGACCAAGAAACCUGCAUAAACACCUGCAGCACACCUAGGUAAUUGGACAGAAUUUCUCAGAGGCUGCUUUUUAAUCCUCUCCCCUGAUCCUUCUCCAUAAAACACAUUCAGACUCGUACCCUGAACUGCUUUGAACUCAGGUGCUUGAAUCCUCAGCCUUGUUCCAGGUGAGCUAAUAGAAUACAGUGAUACCUCGGGUUACAGACGCUUCAGGUUGCGUUUUUUCGGGUUACGGACCUCCGAAACCCGGAAGUACCAGAACAGGUUACUUCCGGGUUUUGGUGGUCGCACAUGCGCAGAAGCGCUAAAUCGCUUUUGCUCAUGCGCAGAAGCGCCGAAUCGCAACCCGCGCGUGCACAGACACGCUGCUGCGGGUUGCAAACUUGCAUCCCGCACGGAUCAUGUUCGCAAUCCGAGCGUCCACUGUAAUUUUGGCUGCUCUGCUGGAAGUGACAAGUUACUGGAGGAGAGGACUUUCAGACCCACCCCAAAUAUUAAAACUUUCAGCCACCACCACCGUAUUAACAUUUCAGGCCCCCAAUCUAUAACAACUUUCAGCUGAGUCAUGGCUUUCCCCAAAGCAGCCUGAGACUGUAGUUUGUAAAAGGUGCUGAGAAUUGUUGGGAGACCCCUAUUUCCCUUUCAGAGCUACAGUUUUCACAGUGCCCUGGGAAGAAGGAUUGGUUGUUAAACCACUCUGGAAAUUGUAGCUCUGUGAAGGGAAUAGAGGCCUCCUAGCAACUCUCAGCUGCUGUUCCCAGGGCUCUCCAUGAUAUUGCUUUUAACUGUAUAGUGCAUGUGGGGCCCUAGACACAUAAAAUAGAUUUCUACUUAUAUGAUUUCUUAGUUACACAUAUGCACACGUAACAAGGAAACCCUAUACAGAUCAGCUUCUCCACUAUUAAAGGAACUCAUUCUCUCUGUGGAUCCUUAUAUAGUUAAUAUGUGACUAUUGACUAUAUAACACGAACAAAGGGACAUCAGUAGGUUCAGGGAAAUCCCAGGAUUUGGAAAGAAAUAAAAAAUUAAGGAAGGGACACCUCAGUCAGCCCAAUGAGGACUGAGUAUGCUCAAUGAUCAAGGCAUUCUGACUGAUUUAGACAAGAAAAAUGAGGAAACUGAGUGGAGUAUCCUCCAAAAGGGUAAGGCUGGCUGGCUGAAACUCUGGAUAGGAAGACCUCACAUAGCAGCAUUCUGUUGCUGUUCUACUUGUAACACUCCUGAUGUUUUUGGUCCUUGGGAUGUUUGGAACUUCACCCUUGCAACAUUGAUGGUUCAUGGGUGUCAACUGCUGUGAAUUCCCAUGCCUUCCAUUAUUCCUGCUAAAAGAUUGUAUUGCUUUUCUUUCCUCUCCUGAUUUUUCUGUACCAGGGUCUUCUACGAACCUGUCACCACCCCUUGUGGACAUACCUUCUGCCUGAAAUGCCUUGAAAGAUGUUUGGAUCACAAACCAAAUUGCCCCCUGUGCAAAGAGGGUCUCUCUGAGGUGAGCCUGUGUUGCUUGUGUCUUGUCACUGAUGUUUCUCUAAAUAUUGGCAUGCACCUGGGGUGGGUUAGGGGCUGAAAUGAGUCGUGAAACUGGAAGGACUCUAUCGCAAUGGGCAGAACAACUGGUUUCCAUGCAGGAGAUCCCAGGUUCAAAUCCCUCCAUCUCCAUGUAGGGCUAGGAAUUUCCCUCUGGAAUAGGCAGCUUCCUGAGUUCCUGUAUUGAAAUGCUCCUUUUGCCAUAGCUCAUGUUAGGCAUUCUGCUCAUGCCCCCUCAACCCCUGCCCCUCUUGGCUUAUGAAAUACAGCAGAGGGUUGGUAUCUUACUCCCACCAAAUUGGCAAAAAUGUACAGAACUAGUAGUAAAACUUGCUGGAAAUGCAAGGAAAAGGAUGGCGACUUCUUUCAUAUGUGGUGGUCAUGUAAUAAAUUAAAAGAGUUCUGGGAAUCGAUUUAUAACGAGUUAAAAAAGAUGUUUAAGUAUAGGUUUCCCAAAAAGCUGGAAGAAUUCUUGCUAGGUUCAGUGGGAGAAGAUAUUAAGAAGACUGAUCAAAGAUUAUAUUUGUACGCAACAACAGCAGCUAGAGUUCUGAUAGCUCAAAAGUGGAAGCAACAGGAGAUGCCGACAAUAGGAGAAUGGCAGAUAAAGCUGGUUGAAUACGCUGAGAUGGCUAAAUUGACACACAGAAUUCGCAAUCAGGAGGAGACAAAGUACCAAAAAGAAUGGUGUAAAUUUUUGAUCUAUAUAAGUGAGAACUGUACAAAUUUGAAAACUUUGGCAGGAUUGAAGUAAAUCUUAUGUCAUGUUGUAAUAUCUAAUCAAAGAAACUGUGAACUAUAGAAUAGAAUAGGAAAACUGAUGGAAGGGAAGGACGGAAGUCAACAGCUGGGUUCAGGCCUGGCCACAGAACUGAGUCGCCCUUGGUUGCCCUGAUGCAACGGUUGCGACCUUUGCAGAGAGCAGGACAGAGAGGGAGUGUGACUUUGCUCCUGCCACUUGAUCCUUUGUUGGCAUUUGAUACCAUUGACCAUGGUAUCCUACUGGACAUUCAUGCUUAUACAAGUCUACCCCAAUGCUUAAUGGGAUGCAGGUGGCGCUGUGGUCUAAACCACAGAGCCUAGGACUUGCCGAUCAGAAGGUCGGCGGUUCAAAUCCCCGCGACGGGGUGAGCUCCCGUUGCUCGGUCCCACCAAGCAGUUCGAAAGCACGUCAAGUGCAAGUAGAUAAAUAGGUACUGCUCCAGCGGGAAGGUAAACGGCGUUUCCGUGCGCUGCUCUGGUUCGCCAGAAGCGGCUUAGUCAUGCUGGCCACAUGACCCGGAAGCUGUACGCCGGCUCCCUCGGCCAAUAAAGCAAGAUGAGCGCCGCAACCCCAGAGUCAUUCACGACUGGACCUAAUGGUCCUUUCCCCGAUGCUUACAAAUACUGGUGUGAAUUUUAAUCCAUUUUAACAUUUCAGUCCAUUUAGCAUUUAACGUUUUGUAUGUUUUAGGUUCCCUGCUAGGUAUAAAAACCCUUACCAUGUUCAGGGCAUGCAAAGCACUGUGUGGAACGCGCCCCCCCCACCUGCCUUAGGCCCAACCCCAUCUUUGCCUGCCCCACACUUGAUGUCAGGUGUAGAGCAGGUAGCAAUGCUUGGUCGGUGAGCAUGGUUUCUUUGCAAACUUUCGUAUUCAUAACUCCGCCCACCCAGAAAUCACACAACUCCCCACACACUAGUAGAAUUUAGCAUAUUGGGCUUCUGCCCCAGAACCUAUUGAUUCAGACAUGUUAAUGGCACUAUUAUUUGCUUGUCACAUUUUAUUCCAUACACCCUUGAAAGGGCUCCAGGUAGAUACAAGGCAGGGCAGUUUCAGAGGCACUUAGGCUUGUCAGCAGUCUGUUAGCUAGAGGACAAAAAAAAUAAAAUCAGAUGAAGCUGAAGAUUUUAACAGGGGAAGCUGCUCUAACAGAAUCCUGAACAUUUCUAAACCAAGCCUGAGAGGAAUCCCUGUUUUCUGUUCCAGUGUUUGGCAAUGAGGAAACACUGUAAGACAGUGCUGGUGGAAGACUUAAUAGCCAAGUACCUUCCUGAGCAACUCACAGAAAGAAGGAGGCUUCAUGAAGAGGAAAUUGCUGAACUUUCCAAGUAUGUCAUAUGUCUUUUCCCCAGUCCCCUCCAAGUGGAUUUCCCCUCUUCCAUCUCCCUUCCCAAUAUUUAACCCUCCAGGAGUGAAGAGUUAUGAAAGGUGUCAGAAAGUUAUUCUGUUGACACAGAACUGACCUAGUGCAUUGGGGGAGGGAAUCAGAACCUUACCUCAAAUACACUCAGCUAUCAACCUACCAAAAAAUGGUUUCAUGUAACAAAUGUUUGCAAUAGUUCUGUAUAAUCAUUUUUAAAUACAGGGGUACCUCAGGUUACAUACGCUUCAGGUUACAUACGCUUCAGGUUACAGACUCCACUAACCCAGAAAUAGUGCUUCAGGUUAAGAACUUUGCUUCAGGAUAAGAACAGAAAUCAGGCUCCGGUGGCGCGGCAGCAGCAGGAGGCCCCAUUAGCUAAAGUGGUGCUUCAGGUUAAGAACGGUUUCAGGUUAAGUACGGACCUCCAGAACGAAUUAAGUACUUAACCUGAGGUACCACUGUAGAUUCAUGGAUAAGGGUUAUUGCUAGCUAAUUCUUGCUUACAGCAAACCCACUGAAAUUAAUAGACCCAUGUCCGUUAAUUUCAAUAGGUCUGCUCUUGAGUGGCUACAACCGUAAGUGUUUAUGACUUAAGGUUUGACCUGAAAGUUUUGUUUCUUAAUUAUCCUGUCAGCUGGGGUAGAAUUCCUUUGUGCCCAAGGUGUUGUUGGGGUUUAUGCGAGCAAAGUCCAGCAAAGCAAUAAAACUUUUUCACCUGGAGGCAAAGGCUUAGGAGAAUUUUCCGACUGUUGCCUCCUUCAGAACCAGCUCACCCAUUAGGCAACUUGAGCCUGCUACUUCAGGCAGCAGGAGCCCCUGGGGAAGCACACCCACAGGCAAAGUGCCAACUCUAUCUGUGCUGAUUUUGGGCAAGAUUGCAUCCAUUUGGGGCAGGAUUUCUCCCAAAAUCGCAUGAGAUCUUGUGGCGCUGAUGGCAGUGCCUAAUCUCUGCCAUGCAGAGAGCAGGCAGUGGCAGGAACAGGUAGAUGGUGGCAGCAGAACCAAGGCAAAAUUGGCACUUCUCGGUAGUGGCACCCUCCCUGUGGAACACCCUCCCUUCAGAUGUCAAGGAAAUAAACAACUACCUGACUUUUAGAAGACAUCUGAAAGCAGCUCUGUUUAGGGAAGUUUUCAAUGUUUGAUGUUUUAGUAUGUUCUGAUAUGUGCUGUGAGCUGCCCAGAGUGGCUGGGGAAAUCCAGACAGAUGGGCUGGUAAAUAAUAAUAAUAAUAAUACAGUAACAAUAAUGAUAAUUAUUAUUAUAAUUAUAAAGCCUAUCAAUCUUCUCUUGAAUCUAUCUCUGGUUCCAGAGGGGAUUCACAUAAGCUUUUAGCAUUCUCAGAACCAGUGGGUAUUUUUAAUUAAAAAAUGUUUAGAGGUACUCUCAUUUUGACUCAAAAAAAAAUAAAUACAUUUUAUAGUUCAAAUCUGGAAAAAUAAAUACAGUAAAUGGACAAAAGUACAAAGAUUCACAAAAUGUUUGGGGUAUUCAUACCCCUGCGUCCCCACAGAAAAAAGCACUGCUCAGAACUCUCACACCAAGCAGGCUUUGGUACCCUAUCUCCUGCAACAUCUCUGUGCAGAAGUCUGCAUUUGCAAGCUUCCCCUUCUCUGUUCAGUUGAGCGGAAAGGGUAGGAACACGAUGUGCCAUCCUGGUACAAGAUAAGGGAUCACAAGCUGCGACCUUGAUUCUCUCAUCAGCAGUACAUUGAAAAGAUAAUCCUCUGUGCCCAACAGAUCAUAAACAGGUGUUUGGAGAAGGACAAGAGAUUGGGGGGGGGCGGCUAGUUCUGAAUAACCCUCCAUGCGCUGCUGGAGAGGUUCGGCAAUGUGUACAGCUGUGCGUGGGUUUCAUAUGGCUGAUGUACUCACUGAUUACACUGUAUGUGAUGCACCAACCCCCCCCCCCCCGGGAGAGACUUGCCCACUCUUUUUAGCUGGGCAGCAGGGAAGAGCCUACUCUGUUGGAAAUUGUUGUGUUGUGCGGGAGUCUGGACCGACCCAUCCCUAAUUUUGACUGCAUCAAGAUAGCUGGGGUUGCACUGGUUGGGUUUUGCUGUAUGGCUGUAUUCAGACAACAUUUAUUCCAUUUUCUUUACAUUUCCUCCCCCCCCCCCCCUAAUUUUUUCAUUGAUUUUCCAAAUUUAUAACAAACAUCAAAAAAGGAAAAAGGAAACAAACAAACAAACAUAGAUCCUAACUGUAAUAGUUCCAUUUUUGUUAACAUUGUUGGGUUACUUCUUUGAAUCCCCCUGGCUGAGUUUCUCUGUAUAUCAUUGUAACAGUUUUCCAAAACUAUUUUCACAUAAAAUUUACUUAGUCAAUUAACAUCUUUCUUUCUUUUCAUUUUUACUUUAAACAUAUUGUUCUAUAACAUCACAUAUUUAAAUCCUAGGCCAAUAUGGUACUUGCAAGUAUUUCUGUUUUAGUUAUCUUAGCAUAUUUAGCUAAGUAGUCUUUAAAUUUCGUCCAUUCCUCCUGGCGUUCCUCCUCCUUCCGGUCAGGUCGGCUAGCUCCCAAAAGUCCAUCAUCAUCAUCUGCCAUUCCUCCACUGUUGGCACUUCUUGUGUUUUCCAGUUUUUAGCCAGCAAAAUUCUAGCAGCAGUUGUGGCAUACAAAAACAAUCUAACAUCUUUCUUGGGCAAUUCCAAACCUAUUAUUCAAAGAAGAACAUUUUCUUUACAUUUCCUUACCUGAUAGGCCACAUGCAAACCAUAUAUUUAAAACACUGUGGUGCUACUUUAGGCAAUCAUGGCUUCCCCCCCCCCACCCAAAAAAAAAUCUGGGAGGUGUUAAAACAUUUAUCACAACCACCCUUGGGUAGUGUUGGCUAUCACUCGUAGCUGAGUAAGAUUGUCUUCCAUGAGCACAGUGUUAACAGUGAGUCCGUAAGUGACUGUGGAGGCCAAAUCUGGAUCCACACGUCCUUCCACAGUGGGGACAUUGGUUUCCAGGCAGGAGUUGAUCACGGUGUGGAUUUGACAAGCGUGCCUUCCUUUUAGUAUGUUUCUCCCUUGCCUCCUGAGUUCAAGUGUCUUCAAAGCUCAUGACACCUUUGGUAAAGGCUGUUCUCCAACUGGAGCACUCGCAGGCCAGGAGCAAGGAUUCAUUAAGAAUGAAGUCUGUUUUUCUCUGAGAGGACCCUGUUCUUGGAUUUGAGCAAACAUGGCUUCCCCCAAAUAAUCCUUGAAGGUGUGGUUUGCCAAGAGUGCUGAGAGUUGUUAGGAGACCACCUAUUCUCCUCACAGAACUAAAAUUACCAGAGUUUCUCUGAAAACUGUAGCUCUGUGAGGGGAAUAGGGGUCACCUAACAACUCUUAGCACCCUUAAACUACAAGUCCCAGAAUCCUUUGGGGGAGCCAUGACCAUUAAAAGUAGUAUAAUACUGCUUUAAAUGCAUGGUGUGGCCUGAAUAUGGCUAUGAUCUUUCCCACAACAUAAAAAAACCCACCUGGGAAUCUAGUGGAAGUUUAGUACCCAUUCGUGUUCAUUGUUUCCAGAGAGAGAGAAAAUCAGCUUGCCACCCUGUUAACUUGGAAAAUAGCAGGAGUUGUGUGUGACUAAAUAUGAAGCGGCAUCCCAGCAUACACUUCUUUCUCACCAUUUAAAAACUAGUGUUCCAUUGCAGUAUAUUGAUCAAAAAGCCCAGUCCCAUAGACCAACAGAUGCUGCAGCGUAAAAGGGAUGUUAGAAACCGAGACAGAAGCGCCAGGAAAAACUAACACAAUACAGUGGUACCUCUGGUUACGUACUUAAUUCGUUCCGGAGGUCAGUUCUUAACCUGAAGCACCACUUUAGCUAAUGGGGCCUCCCGCUGCUGCCGUGCCGCCGGAGCACAAUUUCUGUUCUCAUCCUGAAGCAAAGUUCUCCACCCGAGGUACUAUUUCUGGGUUAGCGGAGUCUGUAACCUGAAGCGUAUGUAACCUGAAGCGUAUGUAACCCGAAGCGUAUGUAACCCGAGGUACCACUGUAAACCCCACAUAUGAAUGCAGAUGACAGCUAAAAAUCUAGUAGAUUAGCAAAACGAUACCAAAAACCAGGAACUGCGGGCUUGCCCUCCUAGUACGAUACGAAGAAACAAACGAUAUUCUGAGUUGAUCGCCGCCCUCUCUGUCAGUUUAAUAUUUGCCCCUCUUCCACAUCCUGCCUCUCUUGUGUUUUGCAUUGUGAGCAAGUGUUGUGGCACGUUCAGAGUUUUAACCCAAAGGUUUGUCCUGCAGCUUGAAUAAGAAUGUCCCCAUCUUUGUCUGCACCAUUGCCUAUCCGACCGUCCCUUGCCCGCUGCACAUCUUUGAACCGUGCUACCGUCUGAUGAUCCGCAGAUGUAUGGAAACUGGCACCAAGCAGUUUGGGAUGUGCCUUGGGGACCCUGUCAGAGGGUGAGUGACAGAGAGCAUGAUGCUGUUAUGUGCUGCUAGACCAGCUUUGCCCAACAUGAGUCCCUCCAGAUGUUUUGGACGUGGGGGGGAGGGGGAGGAAGGGUCACUGCGCAGUGGUAGUGCACAAUUUUCCUGCAUAUCCAGGUAGGGCUGGGAGGGGCUCUUCUCUGAAUGCCUGGGGACCUCCUCCCAGUUGGCGUAGACCAGAGGGGAAUAAGCCUCUUGAGUCCAGGGGCCACAUUCCCUUCCCAGCAGGGGCUGAAUUCCAGUGGUGGGUAGUACCAGAGGAAAACAUGGGUGGAGCAACAGGUGAACAUUUUGCCUUUGUACAACAGGGUAGUUUGUGCGCACACUCACUCUUUCCUCCACCCAGGGAAGCAAGAGGCGUUAUCAAAAUUCAAGGGCACAUUCCAGCCAGGCUUUGUCAUGGACUGGUUGGGCACAGAGGAAUGGUGGGAGAAACCAGCUGAGGAACCCCCAAGGGAAGAUGGCUCAGAGCCUGCUGAGUGGUAGUGGGGCAAAGAUGAAUGGCCAGAGGGAGAAGAGGGGGCAGAGUGUGGGGAGAAGGUGUUGGAAGCUGAAGACGCAACAGGGUUUAGUGAGCGGGAACAGGCUGGGGCAGAGAGCAGUCCAGAAUCUGAGGCAGAAGAGGAGGCUGUAGAGGAGGGGGGCCAAGAGGCAGAGAAGAAGCCAAGUAGUCUGCCUUUCCUGCUGUGACCAGCUCCCCUCCAUCUUGGUUGCCCAGUACCCACAGAGGUAUGAAGAGGGCAGAGCAGAGAUACAGAAGGUGAGGAAGGCUCAGGCUCCUUGGAAGAAGGAGGAGACUUAGCUGUGGGAAGGCAGGGACCUUCAGUCCUUGCCACUCCCUUAUAGGGGCAAGAUCCACCAGCUGUGCUCACUAGGCCUGGCCUCCUGAGCUGUUUUUUUCCUUUAAUAGCUCACACUGAUGCUGUGUGAGUUAUUACUGACCUGCUCCUGGUACCCAGCCCUGACAGGUACCAACACGCAAUGAGGUUGCAACACUGGGCCAAUGAGGUGUGUGGUGUGGAGAGAGUCAUGAGGGCCAAAUAGAGAGGCUUGGAGAGCCACAUUUGGCCUUUGGGCCUGAGGUUCCCAACCCCUGCUGUAGGCAAUACUGAGUGAGAUGGAUCAAUGGUCUGAUUAGACAGCUUCCUAUGGUUCUGUGGACCACAAGCUCCAUCUGGCUGGGGGUAAAUCCUAAAAUGUCUGGAAGGACACCAAGUUGAGCAAGUCUGAAGUAGACUGCUGAAUGUCUUCACCAUUGACCUGUGGAAACUGCGACCAGAAAAGAGUAACUUUUGUUUCUUUACCUUGUCCUUUCUGGCUAACAGAUUUGCAGAUUAUGGCUGUAUGCUGGAGAUAAAAAAUGUGCAGUUCUUUGCUGACGGCCGAUCUGUGAUUGACAGUAUUGGCAAGAGGAGGUUCAAGGUGUUGAAGCAUGGCCAACGCGAUGGAUACAACACCGCAGACAUUGAGUACAUAGAAGAUCAGAAGGUGAGCAUUGACUCGAUGUGCCAGAGCUACAGCUUCCAGAGUUCCCUGGGAACAGGAAUUGUUGUUAAACCACUCUGGAAACUAGAGCUCUAUGGUGUCUCCAAACAACUCUCAGCCCCUUCAACAGACUACAGUUCCUAGAAUUCUUUGCAGGGAGCCAUGAACGUUCUCCCUCGGGAGGUGGUGGACUCUCCUUCCUUGGAGGUUUUUAAGCAGAGGUUGGAUGGCCAUCUGUCAUGGAUGCUUUAGCUGAGAUUCCUGCAGGGGGUUGGACUAGAUGACCCUUGGGGUCCCUUCCAACUCUACAAUUCUCUGAUGCAUAGUAGGGAUGUGAUCUUGUGUCCUCCCUUGACCAUUGGACCGACAAGAUAGUAACAGGACUACUUUGCUCCUUAGGCUCAGGGAAGGUGUCUGUCAUGGCCUUGGCUCUGCAGACCCUAAUUUGUGGAGUCCUGAUGUUCAGUGGUCUCCUGCCUACCACUCUCUGGUUCAGUGGGCCCCAGUAUCUGGCUCAGGGCCAGAAAGCCAGUCCAGCCCCUCAGCCAGUGGACCUGCGGCUAUUGAUUCAGUGUCAUGGCCACCACUGCAUUCUGGGUUCCUGACAUAUCCAUGCUUUUUUACUGCUUUAAUUUAAUUUAAUUUAAUUUAAUUUAAUUUAAACUUAACAGGAUUUAUAUGCUGCUUCAUCAAAACCUACCUGGUUUACAUAAAUAUAUACAUUAAAAUUACCAGGUAAGGUAAGUUGGGUGGAAUAUUUUUUAAAAAUAAAACCAGCAGGUUCAAAGAUAAACAUAUAUAAAAUAAAACUACAUGUCAAAUUGCCAUGUCUAGGUAGACUUGCAUAAUAAUAAUAAUAAUAUAAUAAUAAUAAUAAUAAUAAUAAUAAUAAUAAUAAUAUAAUAAUAAUAAUAAUAAUAAUAAUAAUAAUAAAUUAUAAAAAGGUAAAGGUACCCCUGCCCGUACGGGCCAGUCGUGUCCGACUCUAGGGUUGUGCGCCCAUCUCGCUUAAGAGGCCGGGGGCCAACGCUGUCCGGAGACACUUCCGGGUCACGUGGCCAGCGUGACGAAGCUGCUCUAGCGAGCAGCGCAGCACACGGAAAUGCCGUUUACCUUCCCGCUAUAAAGCGGUACCUAUUUAUCUACUUGCACUUAAGGGUGCUUUCGAACUGCUAGGUGGGCAGGAGCUGGGACCGAACGACGGGAGCUCACCCUGCCGCGGGGAUUCGAACCGCCGGCCAUGCGAUCGGCAAGUCCUAGGCGCUGAGGUUUUACCCACAGCGCCACCUGCACUGUGGGUAAUUAUAUAUAAAUUAUAGCAGGUGCCAAAAACAGUACAGUAAAGGCAGCUGCUUAAUAUCAAUUAUUUAUUACCAGUAUCAUUCCAUAGCCCCCUUUCCUCCAAGGAGCUGAUUGUGGUAUACUAUUUUAUUCUUGCAACAACCCUGUGAGCUAGGCCAGCUUCAGUGAGGAAUGCCUUGACUUGAGCAUCCCAAAUCCAGCCUACAAUCUUGACAACUAAUACAGGUGCCUAGGUUUCUUUGUUAGAAUCCCUCUAAAACUGUUUUUCCCCUGACGCUCCCUGGUGAUACCUCCUGGGAUAGCUCAGUUUGGUAGAGCAUGAGAUUUAAUCUUAGGAUUGUGGGUUCAAGCCCCAUGUUGGGCAAAAGAUUCCUGCAUUGUAGAGGGUUGGACUAGAUGACCCUUGUGUCCCCCUUCCAACUCUACAACUCUAUGAUUCCAGGUGCAAGGAGCAGAAAGUGCUGAGCUGAUGCUCCUUCACGAGUCUGUAUAUGACGAGGCCUACCAGUGGUUUGAUGCCCUCGGUGCAGGGCUCAAGGGUCGUAUCCUCGGUCACUUUGGUCCAAUGCCUGCCAAGGAUUCAGAUCCACAGGUAGGUACAGGAUGUAACACUCCGGCAGGGACAAGAAUUUGAGCUCACUCAAUUUGCCCAGUUCAAUCCCAGGCGUCUCCAGGCAGGCCUGGGAGUGUGAAAACCUUGGAAACCUGGAGAGCUGCUGCCAGUCUGUGUAGACAGUACCAAACUGGAUGAACUGAUGGUCUGGCUUGGUAUAAGGCAGCUUCCUCUAUUCCUUAACCUUGGAGUGCACUGUUUAGAACAGAGUGAUGCUUUGCAUGCCAUCCUUGCAUUUUUUUGUGUAUUUUACCUUGGGUAUAGUUUCAGCUAUUUAAUUAUAUUAAGCUUAUUCAUAUUGUUAUAUACCAUAUUUUUCGCUCCAUAAGGCGCACCGGACCAUAAGGAGCACCUAGUUUUUAGAGGGGGAAAUCAAGAAAAAAAAAUCUUAUUCCCCCCCAGCCCCAAAGAACAGCAGACAGUCUUGCUCUCCCGGCUUCAGCAAAAGGAACCUGAAGCCUGUGGAGCGCAGCGGGAACUCACGCUGCGCUCCAAAGGCUUCAGGCGGCUAUCCCUCUCACUCUCCAGGCUUCAGCAAAAGCAACACGAAGCCUCCAGAGCACGGAGGGAGCACUCCCUCUGCGCUUGGUAGGCUUCGCGUUACUAUCACUGAAGCCAAGGAGCCUGCAUUCGCUCCAUAGGACGCACACACAUUUCCCCUUAAUUUUUGGAGGGGGGAAAGUGUGCCCUAUAGAGUGAAAAAUACGGUACGUUGCCUUUUAAUUUAAGAUGUUACAAUUAGGUUGGCGGUUCCUGAAUACGGGGUUCCAUCCUGCCACUUUCUCCAAUUAUUAACCAUGGCUGUUAAGAAUAAUGCUUGCUCUUCCUUGCAGAGCAACCCCAAUGGCCCUGCCUGGUGCUGGUGGAUCCUUGCUGUCUUUCCUCUUGAGAGCAGAGCCCAGCUCCCAUUUCUUGCCAUGACAUCCCUGAAAGACCGUCUCCUCGGCAUCAAGCGCGUUCUUGACUUCAUGGCCAACCCGGGACCAUGAGGAUAAGGCGGCGCAAGAGAUCCUGUGAAUCCUGUUAGAAUACUUGAGCGUCUCUCGGCUGUUUCCUUACACUGAUGACUUCUUGAGCUUUCUCUCCUGCUAUUACAUCUCAUUGUCUGCAAGGUUAAUGGGUGGGUGGAAGAGCCCUUUAACUAGUUGCAAUGAUGUGUUAACAGAGAAUGAUUUUUUGGAGCAAGAAAUGGCUCUAACUUGAGUUCAUCAACACAGCAAAAACUAUAGCUACUGUGCGGGGAGCAUGCAGCACGAUCCCAAGCACGUUCUACUCAGAAGUAAGUCCUGAAAAGCGUGACAGGUCUUCACUUCCAUGUAACCACGCUGAAGGGCUGCAGCCUUAAUGUUGUUGAGUUGGUUCUUCAGUUCAAAAAGAAUUACCAAUGUUUCCAUAAAUAUAUAGAUAUAUUUCUACAUAUAUGCAUAAUGAAAGUGAACAAAACUGAUGUGAACUUUUUUUCUUUUUCCUUUUUUGCUAUAAAUUUUUUUUUAAAAGGUUUGUCCAAAUUUUUAUUUUAUUUUAUCUGGGAACAGAUGCAUUGAAAUAUUUCUGGUUUAAUGUGAAGCUGAAAUAACUAGCCAUCGUGCUGUUUUAUUUCAAGGCAUAUUCCAAAGGGUUCUGGUUUGGUGUGUGUUUUUUAAAAAAAUCUGUAUAUUAACAGUAUUUACAAGUUUUUGAUGGAUAUUAUUAGUAUUAUUUUGGACUAAAAAAUGUUUAUUUGGUUUUCAGUUGCAAAUUUACAGCAUGAUCCUCUAAUGUAAAUCCUGCUACAUUCAGUGGUGAUUAGCUUACUCCCCUAGAAAGUGUGUUUAGGAUCAUAGCCUAAGACUGUGUGUAUUCUUCAUAGAAGUCUGUCUGUUUUGCUAUCUUAUAGUGUUUUUAAUAAUGAACAUGAAGAUGGGGGGUGGGAGUUAAUAAUACACAGUCUCAUGCUUGAUAACUAGUUUGCUUUUACAUUUUGUGUAAGGUCUAAAUGUCACUGAUAAAAUGGGUUGGAUCCAGACUUUGUCAUACUUAGGGUAGACCCAUUGACAUGAAUGUGACAUUAUCAUGAUGACUAACCUAAGAUUAAUUUAGGUGGGUCUGUUCAAAGCAUGACUAACAGCACCACCCUAACCAAGUCCACUUAGAAGUAAGUUGCUUGAAUUCAAUAGGACUUACAUCUAGGAAAGUGGGGUUUGGGUUGCCACUGAAGUCUGGAUCCAACCCUCUAAUUUUUGAAGAUGUGUCAAGGUAUGCUUCGAUGGAUUUCUCUCUCUCUCUCUCUUUUAAAAAGAACAGCAAAAAUAGUACUUACAAUUCUUUCUGUGAGUACAGAAUUAUCUGUACCUGGUACCAGGAAUCAGAUAACAUCUGGACAAAUCCUGUUUUGACAUUUAAUUUGUUAAAAGGAUGUUCAAGGACAGCAGUGAGGGUCAAAGGAAGAAUGAUCAGGGACAGGGGAACAAGGUGUACAUAACACAUUGUCCUUCAUAUUGUUGUUUAGAGAAGCUUGCUGUGACAGUUUGCUUUGGGUUUGCUGUUAUUUUUCUGAUCUAAAUGAAUGUUGUGGCUUUGCCAAGCUGAGCUCUUAGGUGGCUGUUCACAAAACAACUGCAGACCACUUUGAAGAGACUCUUUUACAGCAUUUCUUUGGUAGCCUUUAUACUGGGGACAGGUUGGAUGGCAGCAACAGGAGGACACAAAGAACUUUGCACAUAGGAAGAUUAUGUGCAUUGCCAACAGGACAGUAAUAGAUUGAGAUACUGCUCCCACUGGCUUUAUCAGUAUUACUCUCCCAUUGGUAAUUCUCAAUUUACCGUACUCUCCUUGGGAAUGUAUUCCUAAAUUGGAGAACGGUCAUUGCUCAGUGGUAGAACAUCUGCCUGUAUGCAGAAGGCCACCAGUUCAAUCCCUGGCAUCUCCAGUUAGGACUGGGAGAGACCCCUGCCUGAAUCCACAGAGUCACUUCCAGUCAGCAUAGAUGAUAUUCAGCUGGCCGGACCAUUGAUCUGACUCUGUUCUAAGGCAGCCUCCUACAUUCCCUUUCCUUUGUUGCUUUUCUGACACCUGCAUCCUCUGGCUCCCAAUUGCUGCAAAACUGCAUUGUUUUUAUUUAGAUAAGGUGAUAACAACAUCACUUUUUAAAAGCAUGUAUCUUUUAUCUUAACUGUACUGUGAGGCUGGUGGUGGUUUGGAUGCCUCCUAACGUAUUUCUGGACAGGUUUUGCUGCAGUUCUCUGAAAUGCUCUUACAUGAGGUCUGCAUUGCAAAUGGAAAUGCAUUGCAGUUGUAUAAAUUUUGGGGGGAGUGGUGGAGGGGAGAUUGAGUUGUUCUGGGGCUGAAAACUACUGUGAUGGACGUCAAUGUGCUGAAACAUUUACCCUUUUUAAACUUCAAAGAAGGAGGUUGAAAUGCUGCUGCCACUGCGCACUGCUCCCCUCCUCCAGACUCAUGAUGAAAACCUGUCCUUAAAACCAGGUGAAAUGUCUUAUUUAAUAUUUGCACUCCUACCGAUUGCAUUGCCAGAUUUAUUUAUUUUAUUUUUUAAAAAAUCUGUUUAUUUUCUACUGGAGUGCUCAAGGCAGUUUACAAAAAUAUGAAAUAAAAAUGGCAAAAGUAGGCAAUGAUUGAAAACAAGAUGGUGCAAAGGUAUCAUGAGAUCUAUAUAUACAUAUACAUGUGAUCAAAGGAGAAGACUUAAAUGCGGGGUAUAGCAAUUAAAAACAGUUCAUAAUAGCCGAAAGCCUGGCAGAACGAACAUGGAUCCCGACAGACGUUCCUUUUAUUCUGCAUUCAUGACGAUUUGUGCUCUUGAUGGUAUCGGGGUGAUUCUACUUGAUUCUGAUUUCAGUACUGUUUGUGCCAUCUAGCAGUUCGAAAGCACGAAGUGCAAGUAGAUAAAUAGGUACCACUUGGGCGGGAAGGUAAACGGCAUUUCCGUGCGCUGCUCUGGUUUCACCAGAAGCAGCUUAGUCACGCUGGCCACAUGACCCGGAAGCUGUACGCCAGUUCCCUCAGCCAAUAAAGCGAAAUGAGCGCCGCAACCCCAGAGUCGGCCUUUUACCUUUACCCUUCCAAAUAGCAAUAGAACAAUAAUAUUGCAGGAGCAUCCCAGAACAACUGUUGCAGAACAGCAUACAACAGUGCUAUUUUUCUAGAAAAAGAGGUGCCGGAACUCACCAUGAAUGCCUCCUUUAUUCUCUUAUUAUGGCAAUGAUGCCCACCUGAGAGGUGCCAGAACUGAGUUCUAGUGAGUUCCAGCUGAAAAAAGGCCUGACAUGUGGACAGCCUAGUGUAAAUCUGCCACUAAUGCACUAUUAUUACAUAAAUGACUCCUCGAAGAAGGGGCAACCCUAUGACACUUAAAGAGAUGUAUGGUGGACCUAAAUGGGGAUGCAAUUCCAGAGCAGUACUGCCACCAUUAGAAAAGUCCUUUCCCCAAGUACUUACAGAUCUGUAGCCUCCAACAGACCUGGGAACUGGGGCAGAGGAUGUAAUCUCCACCUGCUCAUUGGCUGUGCUCUAGCAAUUGUGGAAAGCAAUUGAGGAAAAUGCCCAUGAAAAAAGUCAAAGUUGGUUACGCUACUAAUCUGACUCACUGCUUUCUACAUAAAUCUCCAUUGUGUUCUAUUUUGGAGGACAGUUCUCUGCAUUUGAAGACCUCUAUUUGAAGAUGCAAGUUCAGUUUAAUGAAUUAUUGUUGUUGUUGUUGUUGUUGUUGUUGUUGUUGUUAUUUCCAAAUGUGCAUCCGUAUGUAAAUCAGCAUGUUGUACUUUAUGCAAACCUGUCUUUCUUUUCUUUUGGUUGAUGCAUUUACUCACUUGUUGCACUAUGUAACUCCAGGCAUUAUAUAGCACUAGGUCCUCAGAGACUUUUCUCCCACCUGUGGAUUUUUGUGCCGGUUUCCCUCCCACCCACUCCAAGUGAUAGUGUAAAAAAGAAAAAGAAAAACAGUAAGGGAAAUGAUCUCAUUCAAAAGUGGCCAGAAUUUUGUGUGCGCAUUUGCCUGAAAGAAACCAAAGAUGUGUCGAGACCAAAACUGUACUGUGAGGCUACUCAUUAAAUAUAUGCAGUCACAAAUAGGGAGCAAAGCAACACUGCAGUUGUGUGGUUUGGUUGUGUGCGCCCAUACUCACCUCCUCAGGUAGAAGACCUUUCUGGGAGGUGGACAACGGCAGUUUGCAUAUAGCAGAGCUAAAUAAAUUUAUGUAACCAGUAAUGGAAAAUUUGGCCUGCAAUGAGUUAUAUUUAUCUUCUCUGGAUGGGUCUUGUCCAAAUCUUUUCUAAUUUUUGUUAAACCACUGGUAACCACUGGUUACUAGGAAGGUUGCCAUAUUGGUAACGUAAGAAUUUGGCGCAGGUCCAUUAAGGGUGUGUAAAAGAAAUGUAGACAACAGCUUUUCUUGUGGGUGGAAACACCAAAUUGUUGCUUUCUCUCUGUGUGACAUUGAGAAUGGCUGAAUAAGGGGACUCAUGAUGCCACUGCCAUCAUGAUUUUUUUACAGUUCUGCACCUCUACAGUUUGCCCUAAUUGGUAGAGACCCCCUUCAGGCCAUCUUUCAAUAUAGUCCAAGUCAGAGGAGAUGCUAUAUCUGGGGGCGAAAUCUUAAGCACGCAAUGCAUAUUAAGCCUAUGGUACUGACCAAGAUUGGUAGAAUAUCAACGAUUCAAUAUUUAAAUUAAUCCAUUAAAUGAAACUGUUUUGAAAAAGGUUUUACUGGAUUUUGAGGAUGACCCUGAUGGAGUGGGCUGCAGAUAUUUAAAGAACUUUUUUUUAAAAAAAGCAAUCAUAUUUUUUUAAUAUAUACACAGACUUCAAAAUCCUCAUGUGGUGGGUGCCUCUUUCUCUCGCCCUGCUGAGAUGCUGUCUGCCGCCACACAUGUAUUUUGAGGGGGGCUGGGGGGGGGAGAGAUGAUAUGUUUAUUUUUAGAAUGGUUGUUUUUAUUCCUGUGCAAAGUUUUGCAGCUCUAGCAGUGCAGUCCUAUUCAUGUUUAUUCAGAAGUAGGGCCAGCUGUGUGUUCAGUGGGGCUCCCAGAAAAAUGUAUACAAGAGUGUAGCUUUGGGCUGCAGCCCUAUACCCACUAACAAGACUAACAAAAGCCAGUUCGAUGAGGGUUUUAAGGGGGGGGCACUUGUCAAAGGCCUCCCUCCUUCAAUGAGUGAGUCUGCCUCCUCAUCACCAUAGCAACCUGUUGCUGUUGCUUCUGCUUCUCCCUUUCCUCAUCGCUUGCUCACACCUGCGUGCUGUUCAGGCAGGGGCUAAUCAGUGAGCAAGCAGCCAUGGGAUGUACUCCUCUUCACCACCAAUGUGAACUGGUCUGUUGCAAUAAUGAAGAGGAGGACGAGGGGGUUCUUGUUAGAAUUCCCUCUGUUGGGCAGUGCCAGUGGAAUUCCUGAGUGGGCCUUAAAAAGUCAUACAAUUAAUCAGCAGAGACUUUUAAAACCUGAAAUCUAACAAUAUGCAGUUGUGAUAGUUAGUAGACUGACCUGUCUCAGUCUCUCUCUUGGUUUUUCAGGAUGUUUUGACGUACAGUCUCCUAGAGCCCACAAAACUUGGAUAGGCAUUGGCAAAGUCGAUGUCUGUUGUUCCUUUAAACUUUGAAGUUUUCAUACGACAAGAAUGACUUAACUCCUGGAUUUGAAGUGCCUGAAUACUUUUGUUAGUUGCUAUUUAUGAGCUUCUCAGACUUCAUGAGCCAUAUACUACUUUUUGAAGAAGAUUUUGAAAAUAAGUUUGAGAGUAAAUUUUGAGCAACGAAAAGGUUUACAAAGCCGUAGUGUAGCAAAACCAGUGUUUUAUGCUUUGAAAUGUUUUCUGUCAAGGCUUUGGCCUAGUCUACACAAACAGCAGAACAAGGUGGCAGAUUGUUCCUGAGUUGCACUGCACCAUGUCUGAAUGCUCCUUUAAGGGUUGGUUGGUUUAGGAACUCCCUGCAAGUAGAAAACUAGCCUAUUGGCUGGGGGAGUAGGUUUUAUCCCAACCCGGUUUCUGCUGUAUAAGAUUUCUACAUGCAAUGAGUUAUGUUGGUUUGUUUAAUGAAAUGUAUAUUUUUUAAAAUGGCACCUCACCUGUAGUUUGUAGUAGUACAGGUGGGGCAUGCAACAAAAUGUUGCAGCAUUAACAUUUCCUGUUCAUUUCCAUGUCCACUCCAUUUCCCUUUCUACCUACUUUCCAUUUUUUUCCAGCAUUGGUCACUGAACAUGCUUAAUUCUACAUCACACACACACACACACACACACACACACACACACACUGCACCGCCCCUUUUAGGGCUUUUUCUAAAGAUUUAUUGUUGUUCUGCAGAUUUUAAGGUGUUGGUAUUUUUAAGCCUGCUGAAGCUUCAUUCUUUCAUGUGGUUCGUACUGCUCUAGCUAUAUAUGCCGCAGCAGUCGCAUUUAAAUAUCAGAGAUGGAAGGAGUGCCCAUUUUACUAUUGCAGUACUCUCAACAACUCGGCUAGUCUGCAUGUGUAGAACAGGCCAAAGUUCAAAUAGGUUAAGUUGCUGCUCCUCAGCAAUCCCAUAAACCAGGGGUGAGGAACCGCUGGCCUUCCAGAUGUUGCUGGAAUGAAACUCCCAUUAGCCCCAGUCAGUAUGGGCAAUGGGCAUUGCAAUCCAAUAACAUCGGGAGGGUCUCAGUUGUCUUAGCCCUGCAUUAACAAUAAAAUGUUUCUGAUGCCAGAAAUUAAGCCGCCCCAAGGUAGCCAACCUCCUGUGAAAUUGCGAAAUUACAUCACUUUGUACAGCAUUCUUUAAAAAUGAAUGAAUUAAUAAACAAGCAAAAGUUUGCACUACAAUGAACUUGAAGUGAAAUUAAGUAUAAAUUCUUAUCAUGGUUCAGCUACCUCUUUCUGUUAGGUUUGAUUAGGAAUUUUUUCCCCAGUGCAUUCUGAUUUGUCAUGUUAUAAAUGUAUUUCAUAGUCUGGUUU